CUUUCAGACCUACGGCCGCCGGCGUCUCAGGCUGUUGACCGUCGAAGCGCUCCUGAUGCUCUUCUCGGCGAGAUCUUUAACGAUCCAAGUGCGACGAGUUUAACAAAACUCAACCUUGAAGAUAGUGACAAUGACAAUGACGACUUUUCCGGUUCGGGUUCGGAACUGUGGUCGGGUUCGGGUGAGUUGCCGAAGCCUUCCGGAGACACAACUACAUUGAAUCAAACAGACAGCCAACGCGAGCAAGCGACUGAGACUCUGUCGCAAACACUCGCGACAUCUGAUGCGACAGGCACCGAAAAGUCUAACAACUCUAAUGACACCCCUGAUAUAAAAGACAAUAACAACAGUACAGACACCUCAACUGCUACUUCUGACGAUUCUGACGAUACUAACACAGUGAAUCCUUCUACCGCAGCACAAACUGCUCCUACACAAAGUUCGACGGACGCAUCCUUGACAUCACCGAAUGUGACGUCACAGGGUGCAGACGCAAAGUUACCUUCUACUGAGGAUCAGAGUCAAAAUACAGUAGUCCAGACAGAGGAGAAUGACAAAACGUCCAAUGACAAGUCAAACACUGCAUUUUUACCAGCACAAACUCAAAGUACUUUGGAAACUGUUCCUGAUUACUCACCUGCUGCCUUGGUUGGGCAACAGUCACCCGGCUUCGAUGACAAUUCGCUAUAUGACCCUACGAUAGUGAAGAAAACCGAUGUUCCUGUUGGUCCGGAUAUGUUUUCUAACCCCUUAGGUAGGAUAGAAGUACAGCUUAAUAUCAAGUUGCACCUUAAAUAUUCUUUAUAUAGCGUGUACCGAUUGUGAUAAGCGGUAUCAAACUAAAAGUAUAACUUAAAGACCAUUAAAAACUUGCUAUAAUUCACAAGAGAGCAAGGAAAACCUAGGCUGAAACAAUUCCACAGCUCAGUAUUUUUUUAUAAACUCAAUGUCAAUAAGGGUAAAUAGAACGCCAUAGGAAAUUUUGAAAAAGUGAAUUUUCGAGUGCUAACUUUUUAUCGGAGCAAAAUAAUUGUAAACAGCUCUUCAGUGGAAAUCCCAGGUUAACCUUUCCUCUAUCGGAGAUGGAUUGAGUUAUCACUCUGCGUUUACUUGGGCUGUAACUGUUCUUUCACAGUUAACAAUACAGCAGACCUUCAAGGAACACUACGGUCGGCCAUCCCACAAGCACCUGUGCCUGCUCCCCAGGCUCCAGCCGUUCGUAAGUCAGCAGUGCCGUUUAGAGGUUCUUUUCCACUUCAGCUUCACAAGUAUUCACCGUAUUCGAAGCUGAUGAAAAAAAACAUGAUUGAAAAGGCAAAAGCAGGUUAGUACAGGAGCGACUAAAUUAAUCGGCAGAUGUUUGCCGGUGACAAAACUAGAGGAAAGAAUAUUUUAGUUUUAGAAUUAAAGUUUUUCCAGGAACAUCAUAGUCAGUGAAGGGGGGUCCUGAAAGGUCUAAUAUUUGUCUGACAUGUCAUUAUCAUUUGUUUUCAUUCAAAUUUAGAGGCUAAAUUUGUUUUGCUUAUAAGAAAUUUCCUUCUAGCGCGAUGUAAAACUGCAAAUUUCUUUUUAGUUAGCAUCAGCGCCAGAUUCAAAGUUGGAUAUAUUCAUGUUGGUUACCUUUUCAGGAAGAGCUACAUGUAGUUUAUCUAAAUGUCUCUUUGAUCAUUUUUGUGACCUAAAAUGGUUGUAACUGUUUCUUGAACCAGGCUUAAACCAGAACGCUGGAAGGAAGUCGGUUAUACCCGGCCUUACUGAGGCUGGUGGUCUGCGUCCUUUGUCAAUAAACCUUCCUCAAGGGCAACAGCAACAAGAUGCAACAAACACUCAAGGUUAUCCUCAGCCUCAGAUGCAAGGUCCAGCGAUGGAUGUUAAUCCAGCGCAAAUGACGUUUGGAGACCAACCACAAGCCUCUCCAACAGCACAGCCUUUUGCCCCAGUGCCUAGCAAAGUUCAACCAUUGGCAGACCAGGCCCCAGCUGAAGGUCCGCUUCAGAACCCCCAGCAAGUUCUCGACCAGGCUCAAGGGGGUGUUCCUCAGGCCCCGGAACAAGCCUUUGCCCCUCAGGCCCCGGAACAAGCCUUUGCCCCUCAGGUGGCAGAUCCAUCUAAUAUGCAAAUGCAAAGUCCAGAAAACGUUGCUGCUGCGUUUCCAAUAAGUAAGACACCUUUUGACCUUCCGUAGUCAGCAUUAGUAUCGGUACCUAAUCUUAAAAUCAUCAUAACGGGAACAUAUAGGGGAACAAAUAGGCCUAAUUUGUUUGGUAAAGACAUGUUUGGCACACUUUGUUCAAUGGCGUCGACCAUCUACUGAGACUUAAAGCUACAGCACGCAGUCAGAUGAAGAACUUGACAAUAAGUUAACAUUUACAACGUCUUUCAAAUGCCUUGCAUUCAAGUUGUUUAUGUUGCGGUUUAGUUUAAGCUCUUCUUUAAAGCUCUAAAUGCUGCCUUCCUUGCAUAGAUACCACAAUGCCCGACACAAUGGUUGGCGCUCUUCCUCAGCAAACUCCUGGAAUUCCAGCCCAGGGUGUCCAAGCUGUACCAGUAUACCAGGGACUUCAACCCAAGAAGCCAGUAAUAGAAGAGGGUAAUUUUGCGAAGAGAGAUAAAUGCAGAUAAUGUUAAUAGAAUCAGAAGAUUAAUCAAACUCGUAGUGAUUUUCAUGAAAUUUUUGUCAGUUCAGCAAAAUUUGUAAAAGGGCUGUUAGUUCUUAAAGGGUGAAUUGAAUUUUCUUGUACUUAUUUCAAAGAUCCCGAGCCUUAAUGAAUCAGGGAUUUCAUGAUUACUCAUUUUUUACUCUUAGCUUGUCGCAAUUACUCACUCAUACAGUAUAUGGUCUGAACCCGGGAAAAACAGUAGAACCCACAGUGUGACAUUGCGGUUUACCGUUCAGUAUCACCUACAGCAUUCGUUUACAGGGGAAAAUCGAUACUCGGACAAUUACACGUUAGAAUAGACUGAAAAACGACUCUCAUUAAGAGAAUUAAGACAACAGAAUUACUCAAGACCCAGACAUUGGGAGGAAAAUAAGCUUUCUAAGAGCCCAUUAUUUAUCAUUAGUUGGGUCUGCGGCAUUGUAUAGCUCCAGUGUUUUAUGUUUAUUUAAUUUGUUGGAGUUCCCCCCUAAAAUCGUCAAUAAAAAUACUGGUAACCUUAACAGUAUUUUCCAUUUUUUUUUCUCAAUAGAAGACUGUGACGAUCAGUUUGACACUUGUCCAGAGAUGGCUAAGAAUGAUUACUGCACAAAGUACCCAGACCUUAUGAAGAUUCAGUGCAAAAAGUCUUGCCAUUUCUGUGGUAGGUGAUACGUGUUUGCGAUAUAACAAUGAUUCCCACGAGUUUAUCUUCACAAGUAAACUGGGGAUAAAGCUAAGUAAUUUCAGAGGAAUUUAGUCUUCGAAGGAGCUUUAACCCAUACCUUCCGGGUACCGGUUGGAUGCUUACAGAACUCUGUUUGGUGUUUGGUUAAUGAAGAGUCAAAUUGGCACCCUCUGAGAUUACGCGUACUUUACUAAAAAGCCUCUGUUAAUGUUUUAUUUAACCUUGUUUUGUGCAGAGAUCAAACAUAACAAUGAAGAGUCUGGGUCGGGAUACGACGAAUACGAUUCAGGAUCAGCAAGUUUAUAUUACGCUGAUGAAGUCAAUUCCGGCUCCGGUUCGAGCGACUGGGAUGACGACAGCGACGAUGGUUAGUUCACAGCUUUCAAACAUUAUCUUACUAAAGUAACUCCUUAGAUGGCCUUGAAGGGCCAAAUUUAAGGGAAAAAUCUUCCGUUUUAGACUGACACAUUGCAUGAGUAAUGAAGAUCGUCAAUGAAGGGAAGGCGGUGAAGUCAUUAUCACGGGAUUUCGUGAUUAUGUUUCAUUCGUACUUUAGGCUACCGUGAUUUUGAAUUGAAAAAAAAAAGCACAACAAUGAAAAUAUGAUGAACUCCACAGCCUAAUUCGGCUUAAAGUGUACAGAACUGGUUAUUUCAAAAAAAAUUUUGACAUUGUAUUGAAUUUCCAAGUAAUGAUAAAAUAUUAAUCUUCAUUAGACGAAGAUCCAGGAUAUAAAAAGUCGGGGAUUCCUGCACCAAUCCACAAAGUGUUAAUGGCAAAAUUUGCAGCUGACUCUGGCUCUGCCUCUGGUGCUUCCGGAAUGGGCGAAUCUUCAGUUUCAGAUGAAGACAUCAUACAGACAUCUGGUAGCGGUGAGGCCGGUUCAGGCUCCCAGAAGAAAGAUGAGGUCAGUGAAGCUGCAUCAGGAUCUGGUGAAGCACUUCCUGUUACAGUAGCAUCACCCACUCCCGGGACAGCUGAAAUUGGCUCGGGUUCUGGAAGUCUAGCUGAAGGUAUGCAUUUAUGUUUGUUCAUCCAUUCCACUUCUUUGGUAUUUAUGCCACGUUGAAAUCAUAAGUAUUACUUCUUGUCAUCAAACAACCCAGAAUAUAGUUUGACUUAUUAACGAGAGGAUACGUUUGCACUUGCACAAUCUUACCGGAGGAUUGACCCAAAAAGCUCUUCAAAUUUAACCCGGAGAAAGUUAAACAAACAGUAAUGAUAGAAUAUGUUAGAAAUCGUGCGCCAUAUUGCAAAAAAAGAAACAUUUACUUUCCGAAGUUGAACUAACGUCUCUUUUCCUGUGCUGCUUUUCGGUUUUCUCAUAUCUUUCGUUAGACUUGUCGCAAUAGCAGGUCAUUUUUCUUUAAUUUUCAACAACAGAUCUUGCCACUGGCACUGUAAGCAGAGCUAACGAAAAACACAGCUCGAUUCCACGACCCCCAGCCCCACAAGUUUCAGUCUAUCCAAAGAUUGACCUCAAAGAAAUCGCAAAGGCUGUUAAUAUGUAUCGAGGUGUAGCGCUGAAGAUGCUUGGAGAGGCCCUAGAGGGUGCUGCGGAGCAAAAAGAGGAAGAGCUAUCUAAGAAGUCGCACAUUCCACUUCCGCCUGCUACCGACAUCCUGCAGCGGAUGGGAUUUCCAAUAGGGUAUGAUGAAAGCUCCAAAAGGAACAUGGUUCCAAACCCAAUGCAAGAUACCAAUAUGAUGAUGGCUCCCAAUUAUGGAAUGAUGGGAUACGGUAACAACGGAUAUGCUUACAAUUUCCCUCAGCAAGUCGGAAAUGAGCCUCUGGCCGAUUUUUAUGCCCAGUACCAACAGCAACCAAACUUCGCAAGGUCGGGCAUCAUGGCUUCCCCUGAAGAGCAAGCGGAAGAGCAACAAAGUGAAGACGAAGGGGCCGCUCAGGCCGACCAGUCUGAGGCCAUACAACCAGAGAAUGAUCAGCAGCAGGAGAAUACCACCGGGGCAGAGGUGCAGGUAGAAAUAUAGACCAAUUACUUUUGAUUUGUCGUUUAGUCCAACGAAAAAGCUAUUGAAGUAAUUUGAUGGUUCAACCUUAAUUUAAGGUUGUCUCUCCCUUUCGUUUUAUUCUUCACUCUCCUUAACUCCGCCGUUCGCGUUCCUUUUUGACUGCUCGUCAUCCUUUGAUAUCUAUUGAUAUACACACCAGGGCCGGAGAAACAACCAAAAAAACAUCGCGCCCUAACUCCUUUAAGUACAAUAAGGCAAUAUAAAAAGAUUAUGGCAGUUGUCUUUAUAAAGAACAAGUUGAUAUUAGCCAGAUAAUGAUAGAGUAAAAGUGUCGAAACUAGUCCAAAUUAAUUAGGGUUUGUCAUUGGUCCAGAAAAUGGAAACCAAUGUCGACUUGGUUAAUACCGUGCUUAAAGCCAGUGCAGAUUAGUGUUCACUUUCAGUUCUCAUUGAAAGUUAGUAAUCUUAACCUUCGUUCUUGCUUAGCGUUAUAAUAACCUCAGAUUUAGUUUAGGACACUCAAUUGGAAAGCAUUCCGCAUGUUCAUCAUCAUUCACGGUUCUUAAACUUGGGUACUACCUAUAAUAUUUUCCCUUUCUUUUCUUUUGAUAGGAUAAGCCCGAAACGCCGAAAAAUAACACCGAUGAAAAGGAUAAAAAAGAUAAGAUUGUAGAUCCUUUUGAAUACGUGCGAAAUAUGGGCAAAGGAGCUUCUAUGGAGCCUAUUCGCUCUAAGGCUGCCUCUGGUUUGAUUUCUGCAUCUCAUUCAGACCCACUCAUCUUAUGGAAAAGUUCUCAAAUCCAAAAGCUCGCCGCUUUAGCGAAAAAGAAGAGUGAAAUACCACAGCCAGGUAAGAAAAAAAUAACGCACUUAUACAAAUAAUCAUAAUGUAGUAGCAUUGCUUUGCUGAUAUUUCAAACACUGACUGAACUUCCCCUCCUCACGCCAAUUGCAGCCUUUUCUAUAAACUUUUUCUCUGGGAGGGAUUAAAAUGAAUUUUAAAAAGGGGUGAAGGUCGUCUAAUAAGAAGCAAAGUGACCUAUUGCUGACAUUGAUGGCCUCCUUUCUUGAGAGAUUCGAGUUUUACUUUCCUGGGUCACUAUGUGAUGUCCUUGCUUUGACAUUGCCCUCCCUUUACUGCCGAAUGCAUGGUUCCUGGAAACAUGAUAAAACUCCAUCUAAUGCCCACUUAUUUGUUAGGAGAAUAAGCAAUACGAUCUCAAGUCCCUUUAGAAACAAACCAGAGUUAGGCUACCAUUCUGGCCUGUAUAUAGAACCUGAUAGACUGUAGUAGAGUUCUUAUGCAUUUUUUGAGCUCAGUAUUGAAAGCUUCAAUGGCAUAUUAUUCCUUCAGGAAGUCAAACUUUGAUGCCUGCAGUCAGUGACUUGCAGUUUGAGCAGGAAGUUCUACAGUCUCCUGAGCAGCAGUUCAGAUCGGACAUUCCUGAGCAAAAUAUCACAAUGGGUAGUCUACCAGACAUGUCGGGACAAACGGCUUCUGUCUUCCCACAGAGCAUACCUCAGAGUGAAGUUUUACCACAAAGUCCCGCGGACGAGCUUGCAGCAAGUGAGUAUAAAUGCAGAAAAUAAUGGGUUAAAAAAAUUACACAGAGUUGAUGAUGUAGCAGAUAAAACUGCGCGCAUCUCUUUAAAUUCUGAAAUCAUGUGAUAUUCAGGCCCGGCCAAUGGUUUUGGGUAUUCAGGUAUCCGGGGUCUUUUCAACUCAGGUAUACGCAAGUUUCGUAUACGAGUCUAAUUGAUCUCGUUCUUAAUUAAUGUUUUCUAACUAGUAUUAAAACAUAAGUUGAAAAAAAAAACAAUACUCUGGGCAGUUUUAUGUAUUAUUUAAUUAGUUUUUUACAAGUUUCAGGUAUAUUGAGAAAAAACUCUGGUAUGUCGCUGUUCCACAACCUCACACCUUUCCCACCCCUCCCCCUUGAUAUUAUCUACCAGCUAAACUUUCCUAAUACGGUUAUAAAAUGAAACACACUUCCUGUAAAUAAAAGAAAAAUUAUAUCGACGAUAAAUUGAUACCAAAUGACAACUAUGCUAAAGACUCAUCCCCAAAAUCCUAUGGAUUUUAACUAAGUGUAUUUCUCUUCUUAUAUUAACAGGAAGUCAGAUCCUUCAAGGACAGGCUCUGCCAUCUCUCGAACAACCGCAACAACAAGGUAAGUGAAUUGAUGUCGUUCAGGAGCGUCCAAUGGGUUUCUUUUUGUUUCUAUGUGCCAAAUUUUAUACCUUUUAGUUGAUAGUCUCCAGAUUUUCAAGAAUCAAUACUCCAAACACCCAAAACCUCUGAAAAAAAAUCACAGUUUUUAAUUAUCUAAUUUACGACUGACUGUAACUGAUACCAAUUUGUCAACUGAACAUGAAAUAAAAUGUUAUCAACUGUUGAUAAGUAGGAUAAAGCGACUUCUUUGAUCGACAGUGAACUCGUGUUUAUCGAAAACAACAUCAAGUCAUGACUCACGCGCGGCUCCGCUCUUAAAAUGUAAUCACUCUCCUUUGCUUGAUUUUCUUACUCUGUUCUGAAGCUUUGCCUAGUGAAUGAAGCUUAACAAGGUAACUUUAGCAUAAAUAUUUCAGCUAUUUCCUCGCUGAUUGCUCAGGCUCAGCUGCUAGUUGCUCAGUAACUGAAGCAUUCCAAGCAUACGAGUGUAUGAACAUAAUCUCAUUUACAAAUAAGUAGUUUUUAACAUCACCAGCAUUACUACACAAGGAACUGAACCACUAACACCGUAACAACAUCAACAAUAACAACGUAUUCUAACCACUCACGCCGUUUGUGGUUUAUCUCGCAAUUACUCUGUAAAUGCUAACGAGCAUUGUGCCUGUUACCUUAAAAUAUGAAGCUUACUCAUGCCUGCUUUACCAGGACAUGACAUCUCACGACGGAACUUUUACCAAUUUCAAAGUCCUACCUUUAGUCGCUUUACGGUGUAAACUUUGUUCUCCUCUGCUACAUCAUUCGAUCAUCAAAAUUUUUCUUCCUUCCUCAUGUGCAAACAUUUUAAUCAUAUUGACGUCGAGGACCUUCUUACCAUUGAAUGAAAGCGUAUUAGAAUUUAUUACAUUUACUUAAAGAAUGACCAUGAAAUUUCUCACACAGUGACUCACGACAUCGUUUAUGUUCGCCUCGUAUACUGUAAGCUUGGCGAAAGGAACGCUCGCAUAUUCAGGAUUAAGUCUUCAUUUUCUUUAGCCACAUCGGUGAAUUGGAGCCGGAAAAUCUAAGAUGAGUGAUUACAGAAGAAAACAGUAGAAAUUGCUGCUAUACUCGGAGAUAACCGUAAAACGAUGAUGCGCCAAAAGUGUAAAUUCAGAGAAGUUCGUUAUCCUUCUUAUCAACAGAAAAAGAGUAAAAACGUUUGAAUGUCGAGUUUUGUUUGUUACGCAAGACCGCUUCUAACAUUAGGUCUUCAUUUUUCUGACAACCAACAGGCGAGCAAGAAAGCAGCCUGAGAGAGUUAAGAAGUUACUUUCCCGAGGACGAGUAACUAUGGGUCAAAAUGGAGUCAGCCUUAAUUCUGACAUGGUCGAGAAUAUAACCAAGCUAAGCUAGCAAUCCCGCCGUCAGCGAUACAGUAUACGACGGACAACAUUACAUGACGACAUCAACUGAUUCUAACUUUAAAAUUAACCAUACAGAUCAAAUUUGUGCAGAGAAAGAUUACAACAAAGGGAAAAUCAAUUUCCUUUAAUGAUGAUAAUGUCACUUAACUGUCUAUUAUAAUUUAACAAUGUUAAUUCUUCCUUUCAAUAAAGGGAGUAAUGUUUUCAAAUACCCUUUUUCUUGAGGUGGGACAUACUUAAAUUGAUUCUGUCAACAAAGAGGUAAAAAAACUUCAUGGUUUCGUCAUUUUAAAUGAUGUGUAGGAUCUAGCGUUAGAGAAUGUUGUUCAGCAGGAGACAGCUUUCCCAUUCCCUUUUUUAGCUUUCCUAGAACAAGUGAGACAUUUGUUAAUGCUGACUAAAUUGUCAUGAAGCAAGGCCUACUGACAAUUCGGCCUUUUGCGAAUGUUAUGCUUUUGAUUUGUGAAGGAAAGGUGUCAGAAUUCUUUUGAGGAAGAAAAAAUUAAAUCUUGAUUGUUUACAAGUUGUCAAAGAACAAAUUCAGAGUAGACCAGUGGUCUUUGAAAAGAUUCUACUCUCUACGUUUACAGUCAUCUACUACGGAACUGUUACAUGUACCCUCUGGAAUGAAAAAGAGUCCUUACUGGUGAAAAAUUGAAAUUCAAAAGGAAAAUAAAAUGGUAGGGUGAAUGGAAUAGAAUGGAAUAGAAUGACGUAAAAUGAAAUGGCCUAGGAAAUCCCUAAACUGUGGUCUUUCCUUACACUAAUUCGAGUUGACUGUGAACGUAGAAACCUUUUUGACCUCUUUGAGAACCACUCUUUCUUCAUUUGUAGUUUUCGUUGAUUCUCAGCUCGGACAAAAUCAAUUUAAAGGUUAAAAUCCUCCACUCAAUGUUUUUGCUGCUUGUUUUUAUACUAAAACGAAGCUAGAAAUGUUGCAUGAUUCAGUUUUGGCAUCUCAAGGUUGGUUUUGCACACCAUGGAAAGCAUGUAGAUUUGUAAAAAGGCACGCAUUAAUUGUAAAUAUCUCUCGAUGUCAUACAAUGUAAGUGAACAAAAAAACAUUGCGCGCUGUGCGGCGGAUGGAAUCGAUUUUCCUGUACCGCGAUAUUUUAAUUUAUUUUAACUAUCCAAUGGGAAGACGUUUUCAGUUGCCAAUAUUUUGGUCUCAUUUUUACUUAUGUACAGACAAUUGUACUCUUGUUGUUGUUCAACACCAACUCUUAUAGGUAUUUGGUUGAAAUAAAGCGGUAGGUUUUGUGUUAUGAAAUGGGGAAAUUUUUAUUGUGUGAUCUGCUAAGGACAAUUACUUAUUACAAAAAUGAUUUAUUAAAAAGAAAACAACACUGAGAAGAAAGAGACUGUCGAAUCUUUAGUAAGCAGCACAUGUAUGUUCUCUUCUUUAAAACACAAAUCACGUUAAUCUGGGAAACCACUCAUCAGUAACCAUGGUAAUGCACACGUCACAUUCUAUUACUCUUGAACGUGGCAUUGCUUUAAUGAGAGUACAACAGACAACCGCUUCAGAGGCAAUUACACCCUAACCACGUUAAUUAAGCGUUAUUGUUUUUUUUUUCUUAAAGAGAGUAAUAGUCCAUUUUUGUCUCAGUCCAUCACUGCUCACACAUCUCGUAAUAAGCUGGUUAAUAUUUAGCUUUGGAGCUGUUGUUGUGAAAAUUAUGGCUUGAUGCUUGUUUAUCCUUGACACAAAUGAAGGACGGUUUGACCAGAUCCUCAAAUUUUGAUUCGAACUUACUUAGAGAGAUAGUCGCCAUCAAUCAUAACGUGGCUGUUAAGGCCAGCUUAGUCCCAGCAGAGUGGAGACGUGUUUUUAGAGCUUAAGGGGAAGUAUGCUCCAGAAUCAUAAUUUAUAUCCUUGUCAUUAAAACAUGUGCAGAAAAAUAUACAAUAGUUACUGCGUUUCAGAUUCCAAAUUGUAACUUAGCUAUUCGAAAAUUGUUUUCAAAUGUGCUAAAAUUCGACCAUGGACAGGACAGUCUGAAAAAGAUUGAUUAACCUGAUUGAAAAACAGCCCCCGGUAUGGUUCCCGCAGAAAGAUCAUGAUUUGAGUCACGAAUGACCAUAACUGAAAGAAGUUACCAAGAGAAGAUAAUGGGGGAGCGUGGGUUCGUUAAGUGACAGGUAAGCAGCCAGGUCUGGGUUGUUCAAAGGGCAGAUAACACUAUGCAGCAGAUAUAUCACUAUCCAGUGGAUAACUGUAACAAAAAUCACCGCUAUAUUCACUUUAUAGCGAUAAAGUUAUCCGCCCUUCGCACAACCGGGGCCAGGGUGCUUGGCCAAAUUAAAAAUGGCGGCGUCCGUGGUUGACAAUUCGCACCUUCAAAGACAAUUUUCGAAGCGUUAAAUUAUUGUUUGGAAUCUUAAAACGUGGCCAUUGUCAAAAUUUUAUGCAUGCUUUUUAAUGGCAGUGAUUGAAUAAGUUCGGUUCUGGAGUAUAGUUCGCCUUCAUUUGAAAAAAAAUGUGAGGAAUGUAAAAGUCAAAACCAAACCAAAAAUGCCUAAAGAGAUCAUUCGUGAAUGGAUGAGGAGAAUCUAUCGACCUGGUUAAAACGAACCACCUCUUACUUUCCAUUUUUCCUUAAAUCUGAAACAUUAGCUAAACGGAUAUAAGUAAAGAAAGCGAACGUCAUCGGUAAAUAUAGUAUUUUAUUAUUUUGCAAAUCGUUCAUUGAACCAAGGUUACUUUGAGUAACGCUUAAAUAUACAACUAUUUCAACCUCGAGAUUAGGGAAAAAUUGGACGACUAUGACCAAAUUUGACCGAUUGUCAUGAAAACUGGAAUGCUGUAGCAGAGGUGUCCCCUUCCUUUCCUCUUACUUAUUAAACUUUUCCGGAAAUAAUUGUAAGGACUAAUCGAUUAAUUUUUAACUGAUAUAAAUAACAUAUAAUAUUAUAAUGGAGGUUUAUUUUGAUAACGCUGUUUAAUGUUUGAUGCACAAUGCUCCUGACUUACCCUCUGGAUUAGGUUUGCUUGCACGCCUCAUACCACAGCAAGCCAACACUACUUCCGCUGAUUUUAAAAACCUCAUCCCGCAAGGCCGUUCGGGAAAUAGUCUAGGGGUGGUGGUUUCUCAUCACGCACCCGUCCCAGGUUCUUUUCCAUUGACUCUACGCAAGAUUGUUCCAGGCAUGGUUCAGAAGAAGGAUGAACUGUAUAAACAGGUGCAAGAAGGUUAGGGCAUGCCAACGCACAGACAGAACAGCACUAGAAGAGAAUUUUCACUUCUUUUUCCACAGGGCAUUACCUAAACUGUGACGAUGGUUUCGAACAUUUUUAAAAUCGCAAUUACACAUGUGCAAUUACACAAUAGCCCAAAUGUCAUUCCUGACAUCGAAAUUUUUAAAUUGAUUUUUCAUACCACAACAGAAGCGAAAAUUCUCUCCGAUUUGCUGGAAAAGACCGUGACGUUUCCACACACCGACAAUACAUUUAAUAAAAACUUGUUUAGAAGACAAGCAAUUAGAAUUUCCACUUACUUAUUCAGGUUCACUAACUUAUUUUUGUUCAUGAUGUUUUAAAAUAAGUCAUAAUCCUGUUUGAACAUGACAAACUAAUCUUAGUAUGACGAUCUAGGAUACAAUGACGACUUGCAAUACCAUGACAGCUCAUGAAACCCCUAGUCAGUUAUUUACCAUGGACGCUCAUAUCGAACUCCAGUUUUUUUCUGUAGAGAAUAGAUAUACGGACCUCACUUUGCCACAUCUCUUGCUUGCACUGAUCGCGUCUUGAUGUCAUAUUUUUCCAUCAGCACUAACAUUGAAAUUAAUCGUGUUUAUUUGCCAUUCUCAAAUGAAACACGUCCUUGGUUACCAGUGUCAAACCACUGAUUCAUUCACUCUGGUCAUUCACAAACUUGCACUAGUGAAGUUAUACUCAUUUACAGGCAUCAGUUCAGGCAGUUAGUCAUCUAGUCAUUCAGCUUGUGGACAGUCAGUUACUUUGGCCAGUUAUAUAUUUCGUUCGACAGUAAGACGGAUAGUUUGUUAUUCAGUCAGUCAGUUUUUGGCGAGUAAGUCAAUCGAUGAGUUAUUCUGUCAAUCAGUCCGUCGUUCAGUCAGCCAGUUGGCCCGGUGGGCAGUUAGUAUUUUGGUUAAGAAGUGAAGAGUGAAAGUAAUGUAGCCAGUGCUCCAGGUUAUCCAUAAGUCAUUUAGGCCGCCGGUGAGUCAUUAUAUUUGUCAUUAAGUCAGUCAAGCUAACGAAAACCUGUUAAUCAGGUAUUCAGCUCGUCAGUCCUUUAGUUAUUUGAUAAACUCUUCAUGCAGUCGAUAGUUAUUCACCAGCCAUCCAGCAGGCAAUUGCUCGCCUAGCUAGUCAGUCAGUUGGUCUAUUAGCUAAUUAGAUAGUCUUCCAGCCACUUAUUCGUUCAUGAGCAAUUCAGCCUUCAUAGGUAAGAAGAUGGCAGCGACAAGUGGUUGAAACUUUCUCACUUGGCCAUUUCCUGGUCACUUUCAUUCAAUUUCUCACCCACACACGCAGGUAUCAAAUGUACGCCCAUCCCAUAAAAAAACUCGUUGCAGUAGUGUUUGACAGCAGUCCUAUGGAAUUAACUUAUGUAGUUCUAGUAAGUCUCACGCGUGUUACAUUUUGUAUCUUAUGUAAUCUAGAAAUAAACAAGAACAGUGUUCCCUCAGCUGGUGCUGUGGACAUGUUUGCUAGUCAGGUCGCCAAUAAUCCCGCGGUCCCACAACCCGCACAGAUGUCUCAAGGAGUGUCGCGCUCUGACCUUUUGUCAGGUAACAAUUCCGCAAAGAAACCAAUCUUUCAAUGAUGUACGUAAAUGACUACUUUCUUGUUGACUAACGAUCACAGGGACACCAAAUUUAUUUAAAUAAAGGAUGCGGUUAGCGAAAAUGGUCUCUCCUAUAAAAAUUUGAAACAACAUCUCCUCUAAAUGAAUUUGUUAUCGUCUAAAUUGAUCUGUUUAAAUAUUUGACUUCAAUAACCAUUACGUGCUAUUUUGGUAGCUUUCCUCAGGUAAUUGUACUUUACACAGGAGGCUUUCGCACCCAAUGACGAUAUUAAUCGUGUGCUUCUAUUUUUCAGAAGCCAACCGUCAGAAUGCUCCGACUAAUAAGCCACUCCCUGAACCUGCACAGGUUACCGUAACUCCUGGUGCAUCCCGGUCGGAUCUGUCACAAGGUAAUAAAAAAUCUCCUAGAAAUUUUUUUAUGGUUCCAUCACUCGGUUUAGAAACUUUUACUGAAUCUAUUACCCGGAAAGAGUCAAACGUGAGCUUAUCAAUGACAAAAUAUAGCCUUUUUAAUUACCCUUGAAUUAUUCCUUGACACCUAUUCUUUAAACCUUAAUUGACCGUUAUUUUUAAGCAGCCAACAGCUUACCAACUGACGAUAACAAUGAAAAAUCUGUGGACAGCACUGAAAAUGCAGCAGCUUCCAUCAACGAGGCUUUCACAGGUCCAUCGAUAUUUAACCAAGAUCAGCAUUCCGCAGAUCCUCUCUUUGGAUCACUCAAUUCAAAAAUCACCACGUCUUUGGAUAAUUCCGAUGAAACCCCAAGUGAUGAUCCAAUGGACAAGUUCUUCAAUCCAGAAGUACAAAUUUCGGGAAAAAUUCCCGAAUCUGAUAACGCAGACGAUGGGAUUGCUGAUCCAGGGGCGUCUAGAGAUCAGGUUUCCAAAACGACUGGUAAGGACAUAUUAAAGGUUACAAUGCAUCCCCCCUACAUUGCGUUUUUGUUCCAGUUAAGAAAUUCUAGGCUAUUACGUUAAUGCAACUAUCUUGUGCGACUGCAAACAGACGAAGGGCUAACGCUCGAAUCGUCAGCUGUGAAACUCUUUACGGUGGCUAAUUUACGUGAUCAACUCAGUUGAUAAUGCUAAAUUACCCCGUAAAAAACAAAGAUAGGAAUUAUGGUAAAGGGAACCUUGCCUAAAAAAGUUGCUUCUUCACUUCAAUUAUUUAUUUUGCAGACAUUUCUCCAGGCACGGAAAAGGGAACUACCAAAGGGAAGAUUUCUGCUCCAAGUCCGGCAAACCUACCCCCUUUGAAUCAUGGAAAUGGAAUGGCACCCGCCUCACCUCCCCUCAAUCAUAACGUGGAAAUAGCUUCAAGUCUACCCCCACUGAACCAUGCAGAAGAACAUGCUGCGAAUUUACCACCCCUUUUGCACGGUGUUGAACAAGCGGGCAACCUCCCACCACUCAAUCACGGAAGUGACGCUUUACAGAGUUUCAGCAGUCUACCACCAUUGAAUCAUGGUGAUAAUGAGGCUGCCGUAUUGCCACCUCUGAUGCAUGGCAUAGAGCAGGCUAAACACACUCCAAGUGCUAGUUUCGAAAAACAGUCUUCUCAAAAUGUUGACGCUUUAUCAGCCUUCACAUCGCAGGUCGAAAACGCAGCACCUUCGAGUGACAAUGGUAAGCUAAGUUAUCAAACGUUUCCUGUAGACUUAAAAGGGGAGGGAAGAGGUUCUUUAAUGCCAAAAACGUAUAACGCCGAUGCUGGGACCUAUUCCGUUUCUCAAAAACCUUCGAACCAAUUAAUAUCAAAAAGCAGAGAAGCAGAUUUAAUCAAGAAUUACAACAACAUAAUGGAGCCUGUUGUUCAAGGGAAGGAGACUAUAGAUCAAGCUCCUCUUGACUUUAAGAACCGAUCUGUUGGCGAACCAGUUAACAUAAACGGACUGCCUUUUUCCACAUGGCAAGAAAGUGCUCAGUCUAAAGGUUGGGUUCCAUCUACGUACGACGAUCCAAAGGAGCUUCAAAGCCUUUUACGUGCGGAUCUCAUGUCUCAACGUACAGCCACUUCGACUACUGCACCAAAGUUUGGAAUCCCGGUAUCAUCAGGUAUCAACGUCUUUUCUGCCUGUGAUUUGCCUUCUGGUUUAUUGCAGUUCAUCUGUAGGUUGUCGUCAUUUUAAUUCUUGCGAUUUUAGCUUUGUCCUCUCCAGAAGUCGAGCUUGAUUCAUAAUUCCCUCUAUUACCUUUCAAAACUCGGGCGAAAUUUUGCUCCUCAUGUAGUAACCAUCAGAUUCCAUAAGAGAAUGGGCAUAAGAGUAAAAAAAAUUCGGAAUUUAGUAAUUAAAAAACAGGUUCUGCUAAAAUCACUGAUAAGGAAAAAAGUCAAUUUUUGGAAUGAGAAAUGAAGUUAAGCAUAGAGCUUUGUCGUUGGUAAUAGGAGCAAGGAGAGACCCUCUUGCAAGUUUUCUUCGAAUAUGGCAGACGAAUGCCACACAAGAUUCGGGCUCAAAUGUACCGAUAAACUGGCUUAAUACCGCGAACACGAGGAAUUUGCUACCAGGAAUAAACAAUGCUACAACGCUCAAUAUAAGAAAUAAAGAUGUUUCGGGAAGCAAUCGGAACAAAACACGACUAAGGCAAGAAAUACAGAAAGAAAAGGCCGAAAUUGUGGAUUCCUUAGGAAGACUAGAGAAGGGCUUAGAGGAUGCUCUCGCUCAGACCAGAGAAAACGUCCCGACACCGCAACCACCACCAUACGGGUACAACUUCGGGAACCGCCAACCGUUCCAAGGAGGGCUUUCAGACCUGGUCCUUCCAACUUUCAUGUGGUCGAAAAUGGACGACACUAUAACCCUCUUACGGCCCAGUACGAUGACUUUAUGUCAAACAAACUAACUGACGGUAGAAAUUCCCAUAAGGAUACACUUAAAAAAACCGACAUUUCCCAGACUCCUACUAUGGGAAGUAAUCAAUUGAUUAAUAGUUAUAACGCAGGUUCGGUCACACCUCAGAGACUGUUCAAACCCUUUGUACCAAAUGUAAUUCAGCGUAAAGCUAAUGACGAGUUCCAGAGACAGCGCCUGUUGCCUAAUCAAAUAGCUAACGAGUUGAAAUCAAAUAUAAAUCUGCAAACUCAGAGCCUAAGGUUUAAUCAAGUAGUAAGUAAACCGAUUAAUAAUGAGCUUUCCAAGCCUCAGACUGUGCCUUUUAAUAAUCAACCAAGAAACAGUACCGAAUUUGAUGACGGUUACCCUUCAACUAGCCAACCUCCCUACAACAAUGACUUUAACUUACCUAACCAACAAUAUGUUAACCCAUAUCUUAACUCAGGUGAAAUGAUACAGAGCUACGUUGGUAAACCUCCCCAGUCUCCCCCUCUAGAGCAUGCAUACCCUUUGAGUCAUGACAAUGAGGCUCUUCUUCCGCCAUUGAAUCAUCAACAACUUCCGCCUCUCAACCACAACGACCUGGUAUCAACGGAGACCUCCAGUUAUACCGGAAGUGAUGUUAAUUCAUUUUCAAGCCCAGGUAAGGAAAUUAUUAUUUUCUUAACAAAGAACUUAGAAGAAAUCGGCAACCCUUAGUGAUACUGUAGAGAUAAUGUUGACGUAACUGAUGAACUGAUUCAUCAUGUUCUAAUGUUUAGUGUUUUGACACAUUGAUUGAACAUAAUUGAAAGGAGAACUUGGGUUCAAGUCAAACUUAACUCGAAAAUUAAUUCAAUGAAGCUGAAUUUUGCUGCCUCCGAUGGUCUGAUCAUUUAACACUAAGACAAAGCUAAUAUUAAAUUAAGAAAAACAAAAUCGUACAAAUCCUUAACAAGCUCCUUGAAAUGUAAUACAGAGUACCCUACAACCAACAUGUUCACAUAGGUACGAACGAUAACCUUAAUAUGUUGUAAAUUUAGUAUUAAAACUAAUCUAAUUAAGUAUCAAAACCUAUGUACAGCAAAUCAUUAAAGAACCAAACCUAUUAACAAGCACCUGGCAUGACAUGACACCAGAAUUACCACCAACUAACGUGUUCACAGACAUACGAAUGUAAUCUUAAUAGGCCGUUUAUUAACUUUAAAAACCUAUGUAAAACAGGUCAAGGAAGGUCCAGCCCGGCACCACCCAUAUAUCCCUUCACCAUACCCCCUGAGGGAGGACAAGGAAAUCAUGGUUACCAUGGCUACCAAGAAACCGAAAAUAACCAAGAUGCAUUAAAGGUAUAGCGCCAUUUUUAAAUGCGGAGUUACCUUUUAGCCUUUUAACUCCCAGAAGUGACCCAGAGGGAAUUUCUCCUUACAAUAUCAACUAGACAAAAGAUAAGAAUCAAGAAAAAAAAUAAAUUGGAGGAUUAUUAGUUGAUCCAAUACCAAAUUCCCCAAAGUAACAUCAUAAGAACUGUAUGGCAGACAGUAAAGGGUUAAGGUAGCUUGUACUACUUUAUACUUCUGCGCGUUUUGCGUCCAAUUUCAGCUAUUCUUAAUGGUGUGGCUAUUUAAAGUUUGGAAAAGAUCCAGACUGCUCUGUCUAGGGUGAAAACUGGAAUAACAAGGAUAUUUACGUUUAAUUCAAAGAUACAUUAUCUUUUUUUGCACAAUUUUUUGUACGAUGGCUCUUAAACUACUCUCAAAUGUGAUAUUCCAGAUGAAAUUGCCGUCUUUGUUACCUUUGUAUCGCAAAUUUGGAACGCGGAUCUUUUCUAGGGCAUUUUCUUACAGGCGGGUUUUCUUAGGGAGCUAUACUAACGGGGAAGUAAAGAUUGAUCAUAAAUAAGUGGCUACAUUGCCCCUUUGUUUUUAAGUACUUUAACUUGAAACUUCUUGUAUUUUUAUCAAGACUUCUUCCCAGGCUUCUGCUCGUGGGUCACUGCCGUCCCAGUCUCCUUAUUAUCCAUUCAGCCAAGCAAACACCAACCCAGAGGUAUGUAAAAAGAGGAGGGAAGUAAUAAGGAUUAAAUUACGAAAAAUGGGAGAAAAGAAAAGGUUAUCAUAUUUGGUUAAAUGGCUGCCUUGUACUGACCGAUGGACGUUGUAUUCCUCCUUGAGCUUAACUUUUCUUGUUGCCACUUGAGCUUUUAUUGUUUUUCAUUCAAUAGACAGUGGAGCCAAAUAUAACAAACGAUUCCCUAAGCUGACAUGGUCGUCAUGUCAGGUGUUUAUCCUAACGUUCCCUAAGACGGAAUUUUAAAGCGCACUCUUCACAUUGACGGGUCCAAAAUACCUCUUACACUAACGCAGCUUAUUACAUCAAGGGUUCUAGAGUAAUCACUCUUUUGUUAGUUUGUUUGUUUUCCUACGAAGGGAUGAUACUUUUUGUCCCUAAAAGAAACGAGAAGACAAAUUAUAUAUGUAUAUACAUGUUUCAGGUUACUCCUAAAUGUCAUAACAUUUUUUGGGGUUUUAUGUGACAUUUUUAACUCUGUUGAGAUGAUUUAGUGAGACUGCAACGCCUCUAACUUUAACAUAGCGCAUUAAAAUAAUCAUCUAAUUUUGAAGCAAAUCUUAUCCCCUAUCAAUACUACUACUGCAAUCGUAAAUAUAUUUACUAUUACAUCAUAGCAUAACAUUAACAUCGGUUGUUUAUGGUACAAGCUGACUUGCUGUAAUGGUCUAAUACAAACAAAAUUGACAGUACUUAACUAGAGUAAAUUUUCUAUGUGCUAAGUAGUCUAGCCUAUGUUUGCUGUAAUUUUUAACUGUAAGAUUCAAACGAGCUUAGUCUUGUAUCUGAGGAUUAUUUCACCAACGUAGACACGUCGCUUAACACGGUAUGAUGUAACAAACUCAUGUUUAACUUUUCGUGCUUAGAGAUAAACGCCAUAUCUUCCUGAGCAAUUGGCUUCGUGAUUAAUAGGAACACUUCAGCGGUUAUCCAACUAACAUGUACUAACAGACUAACAUCAGAUAACGUCAAGAGACAAUUUGGCGUGCUAACAUUCGUUGUUUUCCUCAAAUCGCUAUAAGUAAUAUGCUUCUUGAUCAAAGAGACCGCUUUAGCUGAUAUUGAGCUAAAAUUUACUAGACAGGCGUUGACUAACAUCGGAAAGAGUGUAAGCACUCGUUAUUUACUCGUGAGUAACAAACAUGAUCGUGGAUACUAAUACAAUUUGAAUGUUCUGAACCAUCUUUUGAUUGUUAUCAAAUGACUGCGAUGUCAACAGCCAGCGGUCGGUCGUCAAUGGUUUCCAGAAGGCGGAAAUCCUUAUCCAAUACCAUUACCACCUGAAGGAAGUCAAAAUGAUCAAUUAAACACAGGGAACACUGUAAGAAACUUUGAUAGACAGAUAUGUUAAAAUUAAGAUCAAAUAUGUGCAUUACUAGGAGGUUCCUUGGAUGAAAGCGCUGAAUAGCUGUUGUGUUUUGGUCAUUCUAUUGUUUUGACACAUAAGUCCUAAUUCUCGUAUAACAGAGAUGAUAUUAAUGACAAUAAUAAUGAUGAAGGAUUUGUUUAGCGCCAUAUCCAUUAGCUCAUGGUGCUUUAUAACACUUUGCGGGGGACUUUGACCAGACUGCAUCGAGCAGUUUACAAUUUUUGAAGGAAAUUUUUUCAGAUAUCCUCAAUUUUAGAAUCACAACAUUGGAAGCUACAUUCCACCUUAGUGUGUGGGUUCUUUAACGUCCUCAACUAACCAGUACAGAGAAGAUGCAGGAGACGGGGCCUUACUGUUUUUCGACCUUAUCCGAGAAGACUAAAAUGUCUAACGCAGGUGUCAUAGCAACAGCAGCACAAUCUCCUAUUUAUUUUAAGACCCUGAGUGUUGGUCCGGUCUGGGGCUUCAACUCUAACUUUCGGCACUAUAGUCCGGCGCUCUACAACAUGAGCUAAUCAGGCGGCAAUAAACGUAUUCUUAAUAAACGCUCUGCGUUUAAAUGAAACGAAUUAUUGGCCCAGUCUUCCACAUGAAAUUCACCUCCAGUUUCAUAAUUCAUAAAUCCAAGACCGUUGGUAUCCAUUUGCCAGUCAUAACAAAAAUUAUUUUCUCCCUGAACUAGAAAGAGGGUUACACUGAAAAAUUUCACUGUGGUCCAUUUCUCAUGAGACUAAAUGUAAUUGAAAACCAAAGUUAUUGGUUGUGAGUGAAAACUUAUGACUAAAACAUACUGUAGACAUAGCAUGUUAUUUAGACUGACAAUAAUAUUAUGAAACUAUUUUGCUGUUCAAAGAUGUUACGAUUGUGACAAGAUGAACGAAUCAGUCAGUUUCCCAUAAAUCAAAACUCACUUAAAGUAUGCACGUUUAAAAUCUCUAAACUUACGGAUUAGUUUGAACUCAGUUCGGAGAGAACCAAAUAUCUAUUGGCGGCGAAAAGAUUUUUUAAAUUUCUUCUCUCUUUCCUUAAACCUUCUGUAUUAUUUUUAAAAUAUUUCCAAGCUCGCACGCAAUAAGUUUUUAGGCCUUCGAUAGAAUUAGUCAAGGAGACUGAAUUAACUGGAAAAAUAGACAUGAAAAUUAAAAUUGUCAACGCUUGCGUAUGGCAUCACAUUCAGAAUUGCUGUAAUCGUAAUUGAAAUUAUUUUAUUGAUAAAAAUUAAGUUUGACAAAGGUUUAAAUUUUGAGUCGCAAUUUAAACUAAAAUUUCACGAACAGAAAUCCCUUAUAACUUGGGAUCUGCCUGCCACAAUUCUUCUCUGCUACUCAAUAGAGAACAGUGAUGGUUUUUCUUUUUCGUGGCUGCUAAAUCAGAAGAAUACUUCGGUUCAAUAAAUUUACAUUGAUUGCUCACCAUAUCUUACAACAGUUAAAUAUUAACGACCAUUUGGGGUUCAUGAAGGCAAUAGCUUUUUUACCAGUGUUAUGUAGCCAGGCUGAUUUUCUUUAAUAACCAAACCAUCAUUCGUCCGCAGAACUUUACGUUUGCUUUGGCUCAUCUGUCGUCUUGUUUCAUUUUAUUGCAGCAAGGAAUGUUUGACAGUCAGUUGUUCAGUGAACCAAGUCAGUUUGUGUCUCCUCAGCUGUCAGCAGGAUGGAAAAAAGGACAAUGAUGGGAAAGACAAUAAACCUGUAAGAUGCAGAGGAAAAUUAUUACUUUUUGCAUAGUUCAAAUUUUGUACUAUAACUUUUUGUUCAUUGUUGAAGAGCAACUAAACAAAUGCGCUCAGAUUAUUCAUGUUGAACUCAGGUAUGCCUCGAAAGUAUUUGAUUUUCCUGUUUAUUCUACUACUACUUCUACCACUGCAAGUACUGGUGUGCGCUCAGUUCAUCUAUUGUUUCAUUUCUCACGUUAUUCUCGAACAGCAUUUGUUCCGGGAAAGGUCGUUCCCUUAAGUCAGCAGUCUCAUUUUUCCUGAACUAAUAUUUGAAUUUCCUUACAAUCUGAUAUCCAAUCAUGUUAGAACUUACAACGUCUUCAUUGCCAUUCCAUCGUGCGAACAAAGAGUGUGAGAAAAACUUUUCUGGAAAAUGGAAGACAGUUAAAAUUGCAUUUUCUGCCGUUCGCUUUCUGCUAGGAAAACUGCCUUUGAACAAAAACGUUUUUCGAUUUCUAUUCCACGUUACUUAAGUGCGCAAAAUGAAUAAACGGUUUUUCCUGUUUUCCGUUGCUACACAAAACACGAAUUAGGCUGGGAAAUUCCUAGAACAAAAAUGUUUUUCGACUUUUAGCCAACGUUACUUAAGUGCGCAAAAUUAAUAAACGGUUUUUGCUGUUUUCCGUUACUAUACAAGUCAUGAUUUAACUGAUUACUGAUUCAUUUUCUUUCUUUCCAUUGAUUUCUAUCACAGCGCAAACCGUGUGAAGGUGACGAGUUUUGUCCUUAUCCAUUCUACCCAGUUCCUUUGCCACCAGAAGGACAGCAGAGUGAUCAAACACACCAACCAAACACAAACUCAAACGCAAACCCAAAUUCAAAUGGUAAUAUCGGAAAAAAGAAUUUGAUUCGACCAAAGCCAGGUAAGAAGACUACCUUUGUUGCUGAUGAUGAACAAAACGCCUGCUUACUGAUUAAAAAUCUGUUUGACAAGAGGUGUCCGUGAAAUUACAGUGAGCCCCAAUACAACAACCUCACAUGAUUUACCCCAAAUUGUUUUGUGAAAAUGAUAAAUGCCUUCAAAAACGCAAAUUAACCUGCUAACUACAUUCAUCAAAUUGACUCUUUAGUUAGCAGUUAUUUCUCCAAGCUAAAAGCUUGAAUAAAAAAGGACCACAGAAAAACUCUGUUUUUUCGGUCUCUCCUAACUAAUUAGCGGUCUUUAAUUCAGCGCAAUGCCUUCGGGCACGCGAACGAUGCAUUCUUCAGAAUUCAAAUCUCAGGAAAAAGGUCGGGAGCUGUCGUGACGCACUUUACAAAUUAACUUUCAGAUCUUCAAUGCGGCGCUGGUUGGACCGGAGCUCUCGGUGAUUUUGGUUCAUUUUGUUACAAAGAGAUCUUCGAACGUAAAUCAUGGGACAACGCACAUCAAACGUGCAAGGGCCUUGGCGGCGAGCUUUUCAGCGUGACCAACGCCUAUGAACAACGUUUCAUUGAAAACUUUACAAACAUUGAAUCUUGGUUAGGAUACCGGGACAAAUCCAGAGACGGCACAUGGACUUGGAGUGAUUCAAGUUUGUCUGUUUUUACGAACUGGGAUAGCAGCGCUAAGGACGACCACGGCAAAGGGAGAGACUGUGUUCUGUUAAGUUCUAAAGAAGGGAAAUGGAAAGAUGCAUCGUGCUCACAGACUCAUGAGUACCUCUGCAAGAAGAAACCAAAGGGUAAGGAAACUCUAAUUAGAUCUUCGUCCAGCACGCGUAGUCUGGACUGCUUUGGUUGGCUAUCAGUUUAUCUUCCUGCACACAUAGCCUGGACGGCUUUGGUUGGUUAUCAGUUUAAAAUAUAGCACAAUGUUCGUGAAUGUCGAGGGUAUUCAAAGAUUGUUUGUAUUUUAAAGUGCCCAUUGAUAUAGCUGUUUUUUAAGGUUCACUUUGUCGAGGAGUGACCUUUUUAGGUCACAUUUGGUCAAUGAAAUUUAUUGUGAAAAUUUUCUUAUAUGCUUUUGAUGAAAAAGUAAUCAAACCAACUACAUCUAAGGAUUUUUUGUGAUUUAAGAUUGUGGCAAGGGCUGGAAGAAGCUAACCUUAAACUCAGUUCGUGGAUGCUACAAACUAUUCGAAGAACCUAAAACAUGGGAAAAUUCGCUGGUAUCAUGUAUGGACGAACAGGCGUCGUUAGCAAGUAUACUUAGUGAUGAUGAGGAGACUAUGAUAUCACAGGUUUGUCACUUAUACAAAAGGUGUCUAUUUAUUAAGGAAAUAUUGUAUCUUUUCAGUUUCUAAAUGAUUUAUUCCUUAUGUGAAACUUGAAUUUUCCUGUGUUUGCAAUGCGUAAAAAUAUCUAGGAUAUAUAUUUUUUUGAAUAUAGAAGGAGAUUAAGAGUGUUUGCUGGUUCAUGGCCACUUAUCAAGUCUCAGGAAUAAAUACGCUUUUUAUUAAUGACCCCAAAACUUUGAUUUGCCACCUUUAAAACCAAAUGAGGUAACUUCGGUUUAUCAGCUAUAGCCAAACUGCGCGGGCUCUAAAGAUUUCAAAAUAUACAUUUUGAAAGGUAAACUAACGAGAAAUAAACCCUUUCAGGUGUAUUCGAAAUCGGACUUCUGGAUUGGUUACAACGACAUUGAUAACGAGGGAGACUGGGUGUGGUCUGACCGAAUGACGUCCUCGUACACCAACUGGGACGAUAAGUCACCCAACAAUGGAGGGGUGUCAUGUGCAAUAGUGACGAGCACUGGAAAAUGGCACGACGAGCCAUGUCAGAGCCAGUUUAGUUUUAUUUGUAAGAAGCCGAGUAAGUAAACUGGCUGCAAUGAUAAACGAGUCUUUAAACAUUCUUAUUCUAAUUUAAACAAUUUUUAAUUUCUUGAUAACCUGUUGGGACACAAUUGUCUCAGCUGCUGUUUAAGGUAGGUAUUUUCAGUUAUAGUUUAUUUUAACCAGAGAUCUAUCAUCGCCUGAGAGUGACUGAUUCUAAUUUCUCCUUACAAUAUCACCCUUGAAUCAAAUGUAAAGGUCAUGAGAAUAAAGGAAAUGAUCGCUAAUUUAAGGAGCUCCUGAUUGUCAAACAAAUUCUCCUUGUAAGUAAAAUAGGAAUCGUAAAGAGAAACAUGCGGAGAAUAUAAAUGUUAAUGUUCAAGUACAAAGGAUUGAUACUUGGAAAUUUCAACAGUAAGAUGAACAUUACCCGCAUUUAUCAAGCGAAAGUAGGCAUAUACAGCCAAAGAGUAAGACAGUUGCAGAAAACUAAACAGUUUAGACAACUUGUAGAGAAACAUAACUUACUAGAUUGUCUUUGGCUGAUACGUUGGCUUUGCUUUCUCUUAAAGGUCCUAAGGGCCCACAUCAUCCACUAAAUGGUAAGUGAUGCUGGCUCUUGAACAUUUCCAAAUUCCAUGAGUUUAAAAGAUAGAUCAUAUAUUCACUCGAUUCAAACCAUUCUCUUUUCCAAGAGGCUGUUUCCUGUGAACACCCUUGAGACUCGUUAUUCUUUUUCUCACGAUCUCUUUUUCUGAUGUUUUUUAUUUCCAAACAGACGCAACUUUAACUCAAGAGGUUGAGAAAUUUGUCUCCAACAAGUCAUUAUUGAAUCCUGACAUUGACACAAGCGUUACGAUAUUUGGAAGCCAUUCCGGUGAGAGAAGCUAUUUCUUUUGUAAUUUCUGACGCCAGUUUUGAUAACUAUAACAUCAACAUCUACAGAUAGGCCUCUCUUAAUGAAAAUAACGGUUAAAAGUACCUUACUUGACAUAGUAUGCCCGAAUCGUCAAGCCGAGAAUAAGAGUGGCUCAAGGAAGUGACAAGCAUUAGUCCUAAGACUCUUUUCCAUUCAAUGGAUCUGUUCGAGCGGAAAGAACUGGGUUUGUUUAGUACAAAAUGAAAGGUGAAGGUCGAGAUCUUCACCUCCACGUGUUUUUCAUGCUUAAGUUCGAAUUAUUCUGUGUCAUUGUCUGUAUUGGUGGACCUUAGAGGGAAUGCGAUGCAAUUCGCGUGAGGUCCAAGCAAAAGCAUGAAUAGUGGCUGGCCGAGUCAAGAGACAAGGGGAGUGCCGACAGAACCAGUUAUGUCAGUUUUUAUAGCUAACUCGCUCUAUUUGCCGAUAGAACGGUUCAACCAGCCAAUUUGAAUUGAUAGAGGCAGCCUUGAAGCUAACUGAUUUCACAAAUUGCACUCCUUCUAUUUUUGCAGUAACUCCUCAGUAUUUGUGGACUGUACAAAAAAUAUCCAACAGCCGUAUUCACGGAUCCAACCGCAUUGCCUCCCAUGGUAAUGUUAAAUCAGUGGACGGUGGUCUUCAGCUCAACGGAGUGGACUCAUGGCUAGACGCAGGGGAUUUUUAUGGACAGUGCUUGGGUGAUCCUGAUCUCUGUAUCAAGGGCUUCUCCUAUGCGUUACAGGUAUAAACUCUAAUGAGGACUAGAAUAUGAGAUAACGAAAUAUUGUUCAGGUCUUUCUACAUCAAGGACGAAGAGGGCUUAAAUCUUAAGGACUUUUCCGUGCUAUUCUUGUACUGGAACUGUGCGAUAAUUCUCUCAGAAUCAUAUAUGUACUUUUAGACUAUAUUUCAAGAAAGCCCAAACUUCUUUUCAAAGCAUAUCAUCGAGAGGGAGGAGUUCGCUGAUCGCUCAUAAGUUACGAUGAAGGAUAAAGAAUUUAAUGACUCGAAAAAACUUACAAAGUAAAUUUAAAGUUUUUAAAAGACCCUUUGCCUAUUCGUUAUUGUUAUAGUUCUUGUUUGUCUCCUAAAAUGAAGUCUUCGAUCACCUCCAUUUUAAUUUCUGACUUGAUGAUUGAUUUCCAUGGAUUCAUUUUUCACAGCUCAAUUUCGACGACGACGCUUUGUCUUACAACGACAAACGAUAUGUUCUAGACUCCAGCGGCAACUCGCGCGGCGUUUCAAUCUACAUUCAUAAUGGCUCUUUAUACUAUAAGGUGAGAUUACUUCAAUUAGUCCUUAACACCCUAACAUCAGUAGGCAUAUUCUUCCUACUGUUCUUUAUACAUUUCUUGAGUUGUUGAGGAGGAAAAUUUGUUUAAAAAUCAAAAGCUUCUUUGGUUGGUGGUCAUUUCUUUUAUUCUAAUGAACUAAAUGUUUGAUUCAGGGAUGAGAGUGGAUGGAAAAAUUAGAUGCUGGUCACUUUUAGGGGUUAAAGGGUUAAAAUUAAACCUUAGCCUUUUUUCCUGGUAGGGAAGUAGCCCAGGUUUUAUUACAUAUGAACUCAGUUAAUUUUCACUCAGCGAAAAAACAAUGCCAACAGCAAAUUCGAUGCAUUUAUCAUCUUCGUAUUAAGUUAUCAAAAUUAACCCAGAGAUAUUAUGAGAUUUCAAGCGAGACGGUUGCAGAUACUGCAGUAAGUCGUUUGGGCUCCAUAUGAGGAAACGAUCGUAUCAUGUAUUUCGAUCGCUCAGGAUGUCGAAAAGUCGGUAAUUGGCUCUGUCAAAAGUUUUUUCCACAACUACCCUAACCGAGACUAUCGCAACACAUCAUUGAAGUGAUUAUAUCUAUGUUCACCUCUGGUAUCUUUUGUGCGAUUUACAAGGCUACUUUCCUUACUUCUUUUGGAUGAUUUGUCCUCUUAAAAACAAACUGAUCUUUUUUGCAGGUUGUGACGUCAACCAAAGAAUGGCAGCUGUCAAUGGAGCUUGUGACCAAUGAGUGGCAGGAUAUAGUGUUGACUUGGAAGAAAGAAGAAGGGCUGAUGCUUUAUGUUAACGGAGCGUUCAGAGACUCGCUGAAGGACGGAACAGAAACCAGCCUAAUACCAAAUAAACAGGCUCGACUUACUAUUGGUAGAAAGAGUGGAAACCCACCCUUCAAGUACACCAGGUAAUUCCAUUUGUUUGAUGGAAUGACCAAAGAUGGCUGCAUGGUCCACCGAUAACGAGCCGUUGCUCCUAUCAUACGAAUAAUGUGACUUAUGGCAUCAACGAGGAAUCCCUAGCAAUGAGACAUCUGAGCAGGAGCCAAACAAGGGAUUCUUAGGUGCAAGCUGCACAUAAUUUGAUAAUAUUAUCAAUCAAAAGGGAAAAAACAUAUCAACUAUAGCCAUUAAUAAAACAACCAAUCGCUCUGAUAAGCUCGCCAGAAUUGAAAACUAAGGGUGUGUGAGAUAAGGCGCUUGAGACGCUAUGCCACUUGUCCUCUUGCUUUUAGUUAACUCUCCGCGCUUUAUCAUCUCAGCUUAAUACUCAGAAAAAAAUCUUUAUCGUACAUAACCGCAGUUGCUUAGAAUGACUUUGUUUCUUCAUUAGGAUGUACAUAAGCUCACUGUACGCCUUUACGCGUUUCCUCGCUCCUGAGGAUGUUCCUUAUGUAUUUACAUUUGAUAAUACAGGUAAGUGCUGCAAUUUAAAAAUUCCUAUUAAGUAGUUUACGACAAUGUUGUUAAACAAUGCUACCUACAUAUUGGCACUCACAAAUUUUUUUAAACAUCGAGCGGAAAAAUAAGUUACAAAAAAAUCAGUUUUCUUAGGAAUUGGUCAUGCUCAUUAAUCUAAUGCGGCUAAGUGUCUGUAUAUGCCAGCGAGAGAAUAUCAACUGUUGAUAUUCUCUUGAUGAUAGUCGUACAAAGUUUGUACCAGUCUGGUAACGAAUGAGAACAACUGGCCAGUUUUGUGUAACUUACUUCUUUAUUGUCAUUUCUACAGUUGUUCCACGGUACAUGUGGCUGCUGCCAAAGCUUCAAGACAAAAAGAUAACCGGCAGCCCAGACAUCGAGGUGCAUGGACCAGUCAGAGCCGUGGAUGGAGGAGUGCAUCUUGAUGGGAAGGAAUCCUUCCUUAAAGUUGGAACCUUCGAUGGAAAAUGUCUCCAUGAUCCUUCCAAGUGUCCCAAUGGACUCAGCUUGAGCUGCAAGCUUAAAUUUAACCGGGUAAGAGUUAAUGCGGUAAAACAAAUCGAUAUUGUCAUUCGAAAUUCAUUACCUAUGGCAAGGCAAGUGUAAUCUUUCUCCGCUUAAGAUUUGGCUUUUACAACUAAUAUUUUUUUAUACCUUAUUUAUAUUUCUUUAAACUGGCUUCACUUCCUUGCAGAUCGUUCGCACGUACAAAGAACCUCAUUACAUUCUGGAUUCUGGCGGUCACCAAAAAGGUACCAAAGGCCUGUCUGCAUACCUCCUCAACAACAACUUGUACUUUAGUGUUGCCAUGAGCACGGACGAAGACACUCUGACUUGGACAGUUAGAACGUCUAUCUUCACUGUGAGGUAGGUUUACCUAGAUAUAUCUUUGUGAGAACCGUGAUUAGGUCGCAUACAUUUAAUAUGAACUAAAAAUCCUUCAGUGUAUCUUCUGGUUUACAGAUUAGCUACCACACAGUAACACUUAUCCAUACUGUAAUGUAAAUAUGUUAUGAUCAUUUUUAGUACAAUCUACAUGAUGUUUAUAAAUCACCUUAUAAACUUGAAGGAGCCCUCCAACUCGACCAUAACACGUUUAUUUUCCGCCUUUUUGUCAUUAGUUUGCUUUUCAAAAGUAUCACACCCCGUGCUUCUUGGGAGAGUAUGUUAAAAAAAAUAUAAUACAACUCACAAAUGUGAUGGCGUUCUUUUCUUAAGUAUUGGUUGUCUGAAGAGGGGGGGGGGGGCAUGCAGAGAAACCAGAGAAAAUCCGCAUUGAGAUAAUGCAUUUCAUUUGUCUGCAGAUGGCAGCGAGUAGUAUUGAGUUGGAGUCUGUCUGACGGCUUGUGGCUUUACACUGACAGUCAGUUCCGAGGCUGGACUAAGACUCCUAAGAGUGUGCCCCGUGACGUGGUGUCCGAGAGUGCCGACUUUAUUGUCGGUCGUAAAAAUGUCGGACCCGAGUAUACCCCUGCAGAAUUUUCAAUCGGCUCCCUUGCUAUCUUCCCAAGAUUUCUUGAGAAGAAAGACGUGGAAAAAAUAUACGGUGGAAAGAGUGAGUAUCGUUGUCCAAAAUGCUAAAAAUAGUUUAUUUUGAAUCAUGACUUCCCAAACAAUCGUUGAGUCUUUCCCUGGACACUGAAAUAGGUGACACCGCAUGAUUUUAAGCCGGAAUUAUCCGUUUUCCUUUUAAACCCUGUUCCUUUUCGACUGAGUACCUUCCGUCAAUUGGUUCAGUUUGAAAGUUACGAGUUCAGUUUCAAGUUAUUGGUUCAGUUUGAAGUAAGACUCAUGUGAAAAGGUCUACUUUCAAUGCAAACAUGUCAAACUCUUGGUGUACAUAAGGCAUAUUUGGUUUUAGUUUAAGUUGUUGUGAGCUCAAAGGUUACUCAGCUUUCUGUUGACUUCAAAUCAUCUACUAUGAAAUAUAUACAUUAGAAAAACGCUUAGGCCCACGAUUAUAUGCCAUUAGUUAUACUGUUUGCAUUAAUAGCACAGUUAGCUCAAAUAUCAAGAAAAAAACUACAGUACACACCUACUUCGACCGGCGGGGAUCGCAUAUAUCCAUGGUUAUAAGUUCUACUUCUCCUGCCCUUUCAAUAUCCAAUGUUAUUUUCAUCUCCCGCAGAUCUUUUAAUUUUUCUUUGGUUCUUCGCCGAUUUCAGUAAUUAAAAGAGAGAGAGAAAGUUCGUGACAUUAUCAUUUCUUAUUUGUUUACACAGAAAUGCCAUAUCCUGGCCUUAUCCGCGAGGUGUGGAAAGAACUGCCUGGAAAAUCCAUCAGCAAGCUGAAAGACGAUCCCUACUAUCCUAACGACCCCUCACUUAUUGAGAUCAUCGAAAACUUUGACUCUCCAUUUGACAUUGACAAAGACUAUGGUAGCAGGGUGAAAGGAUACUUCGUGGCACCUGAGACUGGGAACUACACUUUCUACAUGUCUGGGUCACAGAGCGGCGAACUGUGGAUGAGCAGCACAGAAAGUCAACAAAACUUGACAAAAAUGGUUUCGCUGGAUCAGGCAACUGGUCACAACCAGUGGAACAAGUACGUGUUUUCCUUAUACUCAAUCAAAAGAACUUUAGCCUUAAUUGAGAAAAAAUGUGGAAUAUCAGCGCACUGAAGCAACUUUGACCUUACGGUUUUGAAUGAGUGAAAUGUAGAGAAAGCGACUUUGGAAAGAAGAUGGUCAUCUGAUAUUCCACUUAUUAGAUAUACAAGGGUAGAACGAAAAUGCAGUUGCGCUAAUUUGUCAUCUAACGACGGAUAACAUAUCAAUAUAAGCGAGUUUUAUCUUCGCGUGAUGAUAAACUGUUAUCCACAGGCGGGAAUGAAAUGUUCUGUUUAUAAAAUUGAAUAAUAUAGAUAUUAUAACAUAUUUAAAUCAAAGACAAUUGUAAACUUCACUUUAGCAGCACCGAAUGUAGAAAUCAUCUUCACGUUAAACUUACAAGUUUUUAUUAUGAAAAUGUCCUCCGCUCAACUUAAAGUGGAAUAUGACAUUAUUGUUUUUUUUUUAUCACGUGUGAAGAUGUCAUGUUUUCGAAACAGGAGAAACACUGGUAUUUCGUCGAUGUCUAUACAAUAGAUUGUCUUACUUGCCGAGAUGUCUCUAACAGACUGAAACAAAAUACGUAAACCUAAAUAACCUGUUCCAUCGAUUCACCCUUCUUCUGGAAUCACUUGUUUUAUUUUAGAUAUGCUGGUCAAAGCUCGAAGUCUGUGACUCUAGAGGCUGGAAAAUAUUACUACAUUGUUGGACUACAGAAAGGCACAGAGUCAACUGACUCACUCUCCGCCGGAGUACGUUUGCCCAGUGGUCGAUUCAUGAGACCUAUUACCAAAGAAAUACUUCAAUGGAGAAUGCCUGGUAAGAAAAACAAAAAAACAUCAACUAACAAAAAAACUAUAACUAUUUAUUUUAGGAAGACCUCAGGAAAGACCAAAAGGUGGAGGUUUUACGAUGACGAGUUUUCUGGCCAAGAUGACAAUUUUUGUUUUUACCGGUUUUAUUGCCGUUGUAGACGCUCGAAUGACAAUGUUGCAAAAUAGGAAAACCGUAAAGAACUGUAUGAUAUGAUAUUCUUAAAUUAUUUGAGAUUAGUUUGCAAUCUUUGGAGAAACACAUUAACACUGAUUAUUUUGCAAAUUCAACCCAAAAAGGACAGAACAACUUGUGUCCUAAUUCGGUAAAGAUUACAUAUUCUGAUUGGCUGUAGUGGAUAUCGCGUCUAACGCAACCAUUUUUUAUGCCUAAUUUUUAUCAAACAUGCGCGCGUUAAGUGAACUACCUGUGUAGCUACCUUUACUUUAUUUUCAGGUGAUCCGUUCGCCGGUGUUAUUCGUGAGGUGUGGCAAGAUAUCCCAGGCUAUAGAAUAAUGGACCUCACUUCCAAUCCGAACUUUCCAAACAAUCCCUCCAGUAUUGAGGUGCUGGACAAGUUUGACGCACCACACAACGUCGAUGAUAAUUACGGUUCAAGGAUACGCGGUUUCUUCAAAGCACCAGAAAACGGCUUGUAUCGGUAAAUAAUAAUUGGGUUGCCAUUCUUAGGUGUUUAGCUCAGGAAAUUUUUUAAGGCUUCAGACUUAAAGCAGGUUAACCUUUUUAAGCAUUCUCGACAUUUGUAGUCAAAUAUGAGUUAUAUCUAUAAUUGACGUUUUCUUUAGAUAACUAAUUUGAAUGGGUGCACACAUUCUAUGAAGAAAUGAAUUUCCUCUUCGAUCGUUAGGUUCUACCUUGGAUAGUUCUUAAAGUCUUUAUUUCACUUGCGAGUCCUUCACUCCCUCCCCCCUCCCCUCCCACCCCUUCAAAGAUAUUAGCCUGUGUUAACCAGAUCAAACACUGUAACUUUCAAAGUCAGAAAAAGUAACAGAAUUAAGCGGGACCUGGGAUAAUUUCCAAACUAGUGCAGUUACUCCUUGUACUACAUACGUGUACCGUUUUUUUAAAUCUUGUUUCAAGUUAGACGACUCGGUGUUAGCCUUUUCACUUAGAGGUAAUUCAUAAAAUAUUUCCAAAGAGAAAGCUAUUUUUGAGACAUUUGAACUGUUUUAAGGUUCUUCUUGGCGGCGGACACUACAGGAGAAUUGUGGCUGAGUUUCGACGAGUCAGAGAAAAACUUGAAAAAGAUUGUAGCUAUAAAUGGUUGGACAGCACACAACGAGUGGCUCAAGUAAGUGCUAUGGGAAUAGGCUAGACGCCGCAAAGUGUUUUUAUCGCCAAAUUCUAUCAAAACACUCAUAAUCAAGUGUAAUAUGAGGUAAUAAAUUCAGUCGGAUAUGAGGUUACACGAGUAUCACGUCAAAUAAUAUACGUUUUCAAUCCUGGACAUAAGUGUCAUUUCAGAGGAAAUUCGUCCAAAAAUAUUUUUGGACUGGAACACCUCGUCCUCUGGGUAUAGGUUGAAUAUUCUGAAGUACAACGAAUCAAUACCACAUGAGAUGUCUAUGAGGGCACGCAAGAUUGGUCAUUGGAUCUAGAGAGGUCUAAAAAUAACCUAUGAGAGACCGCUUCAUAGCAUCGUCUCUUAGCAUGAUCUCUUCUGAAAGGAAUCAAUAGCGAAAGAGCCUUGUACGCGUCAUAUGUUAUGUUCGAAGCGCAAGGGGCCCACAAAAACGAUGUGACCGUUUCUAUGUUUGAAUCUCGAGAACAUGUAUGAAAACGUCGAAAGCCUCAUGUUAGCGUGCGAAUUUGCGAGGAAUUUUCUCGAUUUCGUACCUGCAAUUAUUUGAAAUCAGUUUAUACGGCAACGGUCGCUUGCCUAAGCCACAUUUCAUGUAUUUCCAUUAUAUUCAAAUAAAUGGUCACAUUGCUUUGGUUAGCCUUAAAGCUGAAUUUAAAACUUUUGAGUCCUCCCUGUGUUCCCGAGAAGUAGCCAUGUUCGCACGUUCUCCGAUGCUAACUUUUCAGAAUCCUCAAGAGACUUGGUGAUUAUAAAUAGAAAUAGACACGCCUAUUAUCUUCAUAAUACAGAAGGCCAACCUUUGAUUCUUCCACGACAAAUGCAGGAAGUAUCAUUCAGUUUUUUAAAUCUAGCGUCAGGCUUUUUUUCCAUUGAAGACCAAAUUGGGUUUUUUUCCUUUUAUAUUUUACGCCUUUUGUUACCUUAUUAAGCAGCUUUUACCAGAUAUAUUACCUUUCCGGCAAAGCAACGUCUGUAUUGUUAUCAUUAAGAUCAAACUGAAUUUCUAACUUAGCGCACACAUUACCAUACAACUACUGAUGCAACUUGGCUUAACACUAUUUGUUACCAAAGUUAUCUCAACAAAGUAACUAAUGAUCGCAGGAAAUAUUUCAAAUCUCACUUGCUCUGAAAUAAUAAAUCUUUAUGAUUACUAUUAGACUCUUUACUAAUGAACUUGUAAAUUUGUUUUAGAAGCAAAACCGGACACAAAAAAUUUACAGAUUCAUGAGGCGUUUUGCCGCUUAGAAAAAGAAAAAACAGGAAGGUCGGCCGAAAUGAAAGGCAUCUACCAUAUGUUCAAAUUCAUCAUAUCAUAAGACUUCAUACGAACUGUAUAUGGCAAUUGUCAAGGAAACACCAUAAUACCAAAACAUUAAUUAUCAAAAGGUUUGUUGUUCAUGCAUUUUACAGUCGCACUGGUCAGUUUUCUUGCAAGUAAGACGAGAACACAAGCAUUAGGAAAUCACUUCAAGCACCAAGACUCGAGCAACCAUCUUUUCAACGCCCACGAACAAAAUAACAGGCAUUCAAUUUGAACAGGGCUAAAGGAAAAAAAACAUCUUAUCAAAUGAGUUUAGAAACAUGCAGCAAAUAUUGACAGGUGGAUCAACAUGAGAGAUAUUCUGCAUUUUGAAAAUCAUUAUUUAAACUGCAAGCUAAGGCUUUAAUAGCUUGUAAAUGUUAGUUAAUUCUGCUUUUGUUUUCAUAGGAAAAUGUCUAAGUAUCGUAAUAUUGUUUAGCCCAUAUGAUAAAGAAAAUGAAUUUAAUAACGUCAAAGGCUUUUAGCGGAAUCCGUUGGGCUUUGUUCUUUUUUCUAGUAUAUAAUUUUCCGUUUCUGCAGAAUGAUAUAGAAAAAUUUAAAUUUUUCAGUGAAAGGCACCAAAAAGAGAACAACAUGUAGAUUGUUAUUUCCGAUGUUACAGGGGCGAGAUGGAAAAAUUUACGGAGUCGUUUGUAUGGUUUUAACCUGAUUCUUCCAACUCGCGAUACCUACAUCUUUUCACUCACUCGUCAAGGCAUUUAAUUGGUCGAGUAUCAGUUCGAGUAAAAGAGGAAAGCUGCAUUAAACUUACAUUUGCAUAAUAUUGAAUUUCAAUUUUGUAUGUCUUCCCUAUCACGAAGGACGCUCACCUGCGGUGGCAGGUUUAAAAUUUGCAUAACAAAUAGCAAGCAAAUCUUUCUUUGUUUUUCAGACUCUUUCUGUUUUUCACUUGACUUUGUUUAUACAGCUUUUUGUUUUAGAUGAAAAGCACAGCUCUAGUUUGAUUCAACGACAAGAUAUGCGUGUUGAAUUACUCCCUCAUAACAGUCUCAAAUUUUAGCAUCUUCGUUUACUUCACUGCACUGCACAUUUCAAAUUUCCAUAAGUGAUAGUUUCUGCAAUCAUACUCAUUUUCUAAAUAAAACUAAAACUAAUGUAAGCAUCAGAACAGGGUAGAUUCUAAAAGCGAGUCCUUUCUUGUUUAAUUGGUUCAGCAUUCAACCGCAAAAUCUGAAGGUUUGCUAGUAUUUACAGUCUCUCUUUGAGGAAGAUUCUAAUUUACCACACAAAAAAAAAAGGAACAAGGACACUUAAGUUCUUAAAUUAAUUUUUUUUCAGUAUAACUUGCAAUUCCAGAAUAAGUGGCACUUAAUUUCCGUACCAUAUCGUUGUAUCGUCACUAGUUAAGACAUUCCUCUUUUUCCAAUCGUUGAAGCACUAAGGCGUUGGUGGAGGUGUAAGCUCAAGUUCUGAGGGUGAACGAGAGGAGAGAAUGUCUGGUGGUGGAUGUGUCAGGGUGGGCGGCCCUCCGAUUAUAGAAUCUAAAGACUCGAAGCUCACCGAUGGAGACGGCGAAAAAGCGAAAAUUGCGUUUUUAUCGAUAGUUGUCAGUCGUAGUGUGGGAUAUGUCGCUUUGAUCCUAGGCUUUGACAAAGUUAUUGUGUCCUUUCUAAUGAUAUUUCUUGUGGGUCUUGGUGAUAGCUCCACGGGACAAAUCCUUAAACUGUUAUCUCGCUGAAACCUUGGUUUCUUUCUCGAUAUGUCAAGAUCAAGAAUUCGUAGGGACUGUAAGAGCCUUUUAGAGGAAUAUAAGUCAGGCCCAUCUCCGGGUAACUUCGCCGUGUCUUGAAAGGUGACCUUUUUCGCCGCAAAUGAGUUAAAUGAAGACGAGUUGUUAUCAAAUUUGUUGGUUUUGCAAAGGUUAUCGCGGGAAUGGUAUCUCUGGCAAACACUGAAUGAUUCGCGUUUCACAUUGAUCUGGGGCAGGCGAAAUGCUUUCUUCUGUAGAUUCGAAGUACAUUUGCUUUCUUGUCGACUCGGUAGAUUUAGGGAUUUUGUGAUAGUUUUCCUCUGUUGUCCAUACGAAUAACUUUUUGUUAUAAUUGGAAAGCAUUUCUCCUCUCUUUGGGCCAUCUCUGGUGCGUAGAGUUUCUUCUCUUUGUCGUAAUGUGACGAAUUAAAUUUUCUAACAUUCAUAGCCAUUUGUGAUAGCUCGACCACUGAAGCCGGUAUAAAUCAACAACAUUUCAUUGGAAAUUUCAAAUUGAAUGCGAGUUAAUUUUCGUGCAGAGCCAGGCCUGCUGUGAUCAUAUUUUGUUGACAUGUAUUGUUUACUUUAUCAUUUUCUAUUUGUUCUCUAAGAUAAAUACUGCUAACAGACCUGAAACGCCAUUCGUUAUCUCUUCACACGAUGAAAAACGAUGAUAAAAGCCACAAUGGUUAAUGAGAUGCUUAACUAUGUUUAGGAAGUGGAUUUGCGAAUUUAUUUCGCAUUGAAAAUUUUUUUCAGAUAUCUUUUGUUACUUAGAAACUACAAUACGACCACCAAACUCUUAACCCAAAGUCAGCAUAAAUUUCAAACGAACAAGCUUUAACAGGUAAUCUUAAAAUUUGACGGAAUCAACUUUAAGCAAAGAUUUAUUCAAUUAAAAAAGUUUCUCAAUCCAUGACAUUUUUAGGCUUUGGUUAAGCGUAAAUCAACAAAAUCAUUUCUGUUGAUAAUCUGACGCUUAUCACCAGCUAAUGAAGCUUCAGAUGUAUCGGUGAAAUUCGUUUCUUACGGACAGAAGGCAAGAGCUAAUGGUGAAUUUAGGAGAAGUCAAAGAAACUUCAACACAAUUUGAGCCCUUUUGGAAUAGUUACUAUUUAAAAGGGCUCACGAUGUUUUAAAAAGAAUUCUUUGAAGGCAAAAAUAGCCCUGUCAAUCUAAAAGCUUUAUGGGUUUUUUAAAAAGCUUGUUUAAGUAAUUGAUAUAUUUUCUCCUUGUCGUACAUGCAAUAAUUGUCAAAUAUUUUACACCUAUUGAAAACAAAAAAAAUGGAUAGUUUAAUGCUACUAUUUAGACAUUUUUGUCGGUUGUAGCAACCGUUUGGGCCAGAAAUGACACUUUCUCGAUUUAUGCAGUUUCUUACCUUGGGCUUUAUUUGUCAAAUAUGAGAAGUGGAAGGAGCAUGAUUGAUACGACGUUUUACUAUAUGACCUCACAUUCACUUUUAUGACGUUAAUGGCGUAUCAAUUAUCACGCUGUCUACAGCAGCCUAUAGAGUGAAGGUGUCAAAAAGCAACAGUAACACGAAUUGUUGUUUUUUUUUUUUCUAGAUUUCCAGAGCAAAAGUCCGAACGUAUUCACCUCAAGAAAGGUAAAUACUAUUACCUGGAGGCGUAUCAGAAGUCUGAUAAGCUGGCUGACUGUGUUUCUGUGGCUGUGGAGCUUCCCAGUGGUCACUUCGAGGGACCAAUCAAAAGAGUACAUUUGAGUUGGCGAUUGCCCGGUAAAGGACAUCAUUUUUCAUUAAUAUUAUUCUAAUUAAGAACAAGCAUCAACACAGUGAGAUGACAGGAGAUGUAAGACGAGUCAGAAAAAGGUACUUUGAAGUAGGUGGCGUAUGAUAUCAAGGAACAGAUAUUUGACUGUGCUGAGAGGAUUGAAUUUAAAACCUUAAUUCAAUUCAAGUUCCAUUUAAAGUAUUUGUUCAUUAUUUAAAAAACGAAAGGUUUUUCUCAAGUUUGUAGGUGCUGAGAUGAAACCUUUGCAGGUGCUCGUUUGACAAUAAAAAGUUAUAAAGUGUUAAUGGUGAAAAGUGGUUAAUAACUUCAGAUUACACAUAGAUAGGAGACAAAGCUGUAUUGCGAUAGUGUUGCUUUAAACAUUAGGAAGAGAAAGCGGAAUACCUUUUUAAAGUAAAUUAUCUGUGACAGAUUUUGUAUAAUAUCACCAUAAUAACACCAUAAUAAACUGAUUUAAUGGUAUGUUUUCUCUUUUAGACGGAAGAACUGGCCCGGGACCAUCAUCGGAGGAGGAAGGUUUGUAGCUGUGAAAAUGAGUUUGAACAGAUAUCUCUAUACAGGCGUAGCAUUUGGGUAUUGCCUGGUAUCAAUUUUAGACGGAGUAUACCAGUUUAAUUUAUGAGUGGUUUUGGGGGAAAGGGCGCAUUCUGAUCGAGGUAGGACUGAUUACGAUUAUUGUCGAAAAAAGAAUAAGUGGAUGAACAAGGAAUAUCCCCAGCUCUUGUUAACUGGAUAGAGUUAUUAUACUGUGAUUUUAUCCAAAAGCUAAGUUAUUUUUUGAAGCAGUUUCUGACUCAAACGUUUGCUAUCUUUUCAAGUCAAUAAUCUCGAACAGAGGGCUUAGUAUAAAGCGUUCCAAAAUCGAUACGAACGUUUCAAUUUUAUGCAGUACUUUGUUAGCACUCUAACCGGGCACCUUAAACGCGCGCAAGUGAGAAGACACAUGCCUUUCGAGUCUUCACUUCAUUUCGCGCGUGUUUAUCAGUGAUGAUCUCACGAUAUUCUUACUAAUAUAUUUCCAGCUAUCCCCAAGCCAGUUGGUUUGUAUCCACUCAAUAAAGCAUUUGGUUCAAAGGAUGCGGGACCUAACCAUGAAAAUGGCGUCCUUAGUAAUGUAGAACUCGCUAGUGGACCUGAUGGUAAGAGUGCACUGAUUGCUCAGUUUAUGAUAAUGAUGUAUGGAUUCUAUGUUUAUCGUCUCACAAUUUCUUUGAUGUUCUUUAGCUGGAUCUUAAAAAUGUUUUGCUGGCCUUGCUUCGAACUUAUAUUCUCUCUGGUCUUAAACAAAGGCAUCUUACAUUGGGAAAUUUCAUGUUUUCUUUUUCCAAUCUGAAUGUCAUCCAACUGAAAAAAGUUACGCAUAAGUAAUGAUAACUGAACGCAACGGAGUGUAAUUUUGUCGGAAAUCAUACUAGUGAUCUUAAAAGCGAACGAGCACGCUUUCAAAUCACUAAUAUGAUUUUACGCCAAACGGACACGACACGUAGUUUAAUUAACAUUUUAUUUCAUCCAUUUUACAAUAAAAAAAAGAUGGGGUAAAAAAUUGCAAAAUCCACCUCACAAUGGCUUCUUUGUAUUUUAUUUUACAUGCAAUUAGACUGGUUCAUUUAAACAAGCCUUGAAAUCUGAUUGGUUGGUUUGUUUUAGUGAUGCAUUCGUAUUGGCUUGGAAAAAGAAACGGUCUGGAAAACAAAAUAGUGCGAAUCAUAAAUAAAUCACACUGCAGAGAGCUAGUCCGAUUUAAAAGAUAACUGUUGAUUUAAAAAUGGAUGUAAUAAAGAGUUUAAACGUUUCUUAACCCCUUUGGGACGGGCUUACCUACGAUAGUACCCUCCCCCGUGGCAGUUGGUUUGGCUCUUCACGCAAAAUAUUUAGCUGUUUAAAAUUGUUGAAUAUGAAUAAGUAGCUUUUUAACCAAAAAAAACCUGUCUUAUUUUGAAUAGGCCUCGAAGAUGGAGCCUAUGAGUUCAAAGGCACAGCGGAUUCCUUUGUGGAGAUUCCUAAUGACGGCAAGAUGGAUACACAGGACUCAAUGACAAUCCUGGCAAACAUCUAUCCCACAGGGAGUGGGGGACCCAUCUUGAACUACAAAACGGAUGGCUGGGGAGUCCAUCUGUGGCAGUUUGAAUCCACCGAGCUUUUUGUCAGAUUUGUGCACCGUAAUGGAGUUUUCCACAAGCCAAUUGCUUCAAGAGUGUUACUGGUUUGUAAUUUCUUUUCAUCGUUAAUUUCGUAUGUGUUUCAUUGCUCAUCUUGUACCUCAUUUUAAAUCUCGAUUUAAAUCCAAAUAUCCAAAAUUUUCAUCUUAAUUGGGUUCACGAUAAGUGACCGGGUUAACAAAGCCGAAAAUUUACUCCUCUAGCCCACAAUGAAUUUAUUUGGCCUAAAAUUUCUGUUGGUUACUAUGGGAUUAUCAUUUGAGAUUAAAAGUGCUUGCGAGUAAAUCUUUCUUUUAACAUCAACGACCAUGAGUAAUCAAUAAAGAAACAUAAUUCUGUAUACUUUUUAUGCAAUGAAGACUAAAUUUCCCACCCCACCCAGAAGAACAAUUAAUGUUGACUUGAUGGGCCGUUCAAUUUUUCGGAUAUAGGGAAAAUCACGCAAACGCAGUGAAGAAAUAACUUUAUCCGUUUAUCACUUGUGGGUUUUCCUUUAUGUUUGGGAUGCAAAGUAACACUAAAUCUUCGUAAUUUUCCAGCUGAACGAAUGGAAUCAGGUCGGUGCAACAUACGACAACACUACAGGUGUAGCGCAACUUUGGCAUAAUGGCAAGAUGGUAAAGAGUCGGAAUAUUGGUCAGAUUAAACUUGCCACACAGUAUCCUAUUAGGAUUGGGGCCAGAGAUGGCGACGAAAGAAGGUUCGCUGGAAAGAUUUCCUGUUUACAGAUUUACGACAAAGCUUUGGACGAACAACAGAUUGGAAACCUCAAGAGUUGUCCUGUUAAGGGUAUGGAAUGAAUCUUUUUAAAGAUGUUGAGUUGUUUUUCAAGAACUGUAAAAAUUGCUUCUUAUUUAAGCUUCGUAAAACCAAAACUGAGAGAGGAGCAACAAGUAUCAGGUCGUCCAAUGAGAGCAAAGAUGACCAAGACAAAGAACCAACGAGGAGACAACGUAGAUCCUUGACGCCGGCCUCGUUUAAAGUAAAACGCGGACACCAAUUUCGCCAUUAGUCUAAGUUUUGCAGCUGAUUAGCCAGUGUUAAGGUGGAACGAGUUUUGUCCUUGAAACCAAAGCAAUUCUGGAUUACUUUUGACAACAAAUUGAAAAAUGCUCUCAUCCUUCAAUUUCUUAUUCUUUGAUUACCUCAGAGUGACUAACUAUCCACUUUUAUUUUUAUCACACAGCAAAACCUUUAGGAGAUAACGCGUUGGAAUCUGGUGACGGGUCAGGUUCAGGAGACUGGGACGAGCAUGACUUUGAUUGUAAAGUUUAUUUUGUGUGUUGUAACGUUUUCUCGAAACGAUCGGAUGUAUUUUAUUUGUAAGAAAACUCCCGUAAACUUUACUUCCCUUUUAAAUUAAUAGAUCAGUUGACUGAUUAAUUAAUUGUUCAUUUAAUUGGUAAGUGUUUUUGUCAAAAUGUUCUGUUAACUAGUUUACUUCAGAUACUUUUCUUUACUUUAUUUGCUACCGGAAUCAAUCAUGGUCAUAUUCCAACAUGUAAGUAUCCUGAACUUUCUUUAUUUCAGCAAGCGCCGUAUCUAUUUCACACAAUGCUGGAAAAUAUGACAAAGACGAAGAGGCUGACGACGAGAUUCAGGGUACGUAAAAAAAAAAAAAAGACUAGGGCUAUUGAGACCUCAGAGAUCAAGGGUUGGAAUCCCUAAAUUCCUUACAAUUUUCUUUAGAAUUGUUUUAGUAGAGGAGGAGUAAUUACACGUUUAUUAGAAAAUGACACAAGAAGCGGUGUCUGGCCUUUUUUAAGCAGUCUUUUGGUACCAAUUGCAACUAAUCUAAUUUUUAUUUCAGUUUACAUGGUUACUACUCUACAUUACUUAUUAUGUACGUUGUGAUAACGAUGCAGAGGUAAAACGUAAUAGCUGUUAAGUAUAGAACAAAAAUGAGGAUUUACUUGUGGAACAAAAAUUGAUAUCACUGGUAUAUUGAGGCCACAACGUCACUUACAAUAGAGCGUUUGUCAUACCUUAUUGAAAAGAAAAUAGUGAAUGUAGUCUUUGGGCCUGAUCAGUGAAUUCUCUUUUUUUUUCUUAAUUUUUGUAGGAUCUGAGUCUACGUCAGGUAACAUUUCAACUUCUUUUGUUUACAAUCCGUGCUUAUCUUUGCUAUCUUACGCACAAGGGUGACCAGUUGCCAAGUUUUUCUUACACUUACAAAAUAUUGACAUUCUGAAAGAUGUCGUUUGGUUUGUUAUCAAACAUUUAGAGUCACAUUUACUAGAAAUGCAGGAAAGAUAGUGAAGAUAACUGAUUUUGGGAUUCUAGGGGUGAAGUGGUCAGAUAACUUUGUUCCCCUAAACUCUCAAGUUCCGUGGGGUAUUUCUCUCCUCUGACUGCCGUGCAUUUUCCUAUAAAUGUGGAAAAGAAACGCCGUAUCAUAUCAAGUUAGGAUCCUGUGGCGCAUAAACUUUUCUGCUCUCACAACCUGUCAGCAGGAUAAUAUAUUAGAUCACGACGCAAAUCACUCCAAGAAGUUGAAGUGUUAGACAAUGGUAGAAUUGUAAUCCUAGAAAAAAAUUGUCACCAGCAUAGAGAAAGACUGUCAUCUGUGACGUAUCAACAGCGCGAAAUACAUCACCUAGAUAAUAGAAUUUGCUGGGCUUUAGACUAUCGAUUUUUUUACAAGCAUCUCAUGGAUGCAAUUUUCUUUGAUGUUUUUUUUUUUAAAUUUAUUUUUAAGGAAACAAAUGUGACCCAGAGCCAUGUGAAAAUGGUGCCAAGUGCAUCCGGGAUAAUAAAAGAAUGGAUGGUUACCGAUGCAAAUGCACAUCUGAUUUCACUGGGAGAAACUGUCAGGGUAACCAAAAUGUUUUGACCGGCUGACUUACUGACUUCUUUUGUUACGUAGACAUUUUAAACCUCCAAUGAAGUAACAACCACUUUCUUUUACAAAUAGAAGCAGCGUCCACCGCAAAUUGGGAGUCCAUGCAUCGUGUACACGACACCAGUUAUAAAAAAGCAAAGCUCUCUAAAACAAAGCGUGAAGGAGUUUUGACUACAAUGAAUUUGUUGCUUCAGUAGUCUGUCUGCAAUUAGUACUAAUGAUCUUUAUAUCCGCGAUUUUGCCCCUAGUUUCCAAACCAGAUGCUGAGAAUCCCAUCGUGAAGAAAGCCAAGAUUCCCAAACCCGAACUCAAGACUGGCACUGAGGAUUAUCAAAAGAAUUCUAGUUCUCUAAAUCUCAUUCGUAAGUGAAGUUCUUACUGGUAAAGCCAACUGAAACUUGGUAUUUUUCUUAACAAGUAUAUAUUAGGCGCCGCAAGAUCUUUUAAACGUGAUCGAAUUCAUUUGAUUAAUUAGUUUGAACACAGAAAACUUUGCGGAUGCAGGUUAUUAGGGGUGGAUCAAUACCCCAAAUUUUACGGGAAGGUGAGAGGUGGGUGGUGUUUCUAGACAGCUAUGGGGACCUUAAGCAAACCACGAUGGCGACGGCAACAGGAACGCUGGAAAAAAAGAUUUAAUGGCCAGAACAAGAGCUAAGCAUGCGUGUAUUAAGACUUCGGAAAUUUCUCAGCCGUCCUCUGCAAAACAGCAACGUGAAAUCGCCAGAAUCUGCGUAGUCUAAAAAUGGAAAACCCGACGGCGCAUCAUUUUGACCAUUGUGAUAACGAAUGUCGUUGUCGAUGGGAAUAUUGACCGCACUGAACCAUUGUCAAUUUGUUAAAUAGACGAAAAGAAAUACAGAGCCUUGAAGAAGCUAACCUGUUUUAUCGUUUGAAUCCAAAACAGUCGAAAAUCUUCCAGACGAAAAGAAGGAAGACGUGCUGUUACUCUUCCAAAAGGUCGGCUGCUAUAAAGAUGAAAAUGUCAAGCACGAUCUACCUGACAAAGCUACAGUCAAAUCUGUUACACAGGAGGACUGUGUACGAGCAUGCGCUCUUGAAGAAAAGGGUUACUCUUACUUUGGACUUCAGGACGCUGACAAAUGUUUUUGCGGGCACCGCUAUGGAAAGUACGGUAAAGCAGAUGAUGCUCAGUGUAACAUGCCGUGUAAAGGAAAUGACAAAGAGAACUGUGGUGGCAAUGCCACAAACAUGGUCUACUUCUUUGGUUUAGGUAGGAAAUGAAUGAAUGAAUAAUAUUCGAAAUAAUUUCACAACUUAAUUGAAAGGAAAAAUUAGAAGGUAAUGAUGAGAUGGACUUUUAAGUAGAUAUAGAUAAGGUGGAUCAGUUAAAAACUACUUUGCAAAUUUUCGUAACUUACUUUACAGAUUAGAUUGAAGCUCAGUCGAAGGAAAUCGUUACUAAUCCACAUUUCUUUACACAAAGUCUUAUCCACGUUUUUUUCGAAUGUUUAAGUUUUGAAACCUCACUCUAUUAACUUGGGUCGAGUAAUCGUAUCUGACUCUUCCCAGGUACCAACUAUACUGUAACUACGUUAACUGGAGAUGUCGAAGGCGCCGACACGGACGCUAAGGUGUACAUCACUUUAUAUGGAGAGAAGGGGGACUCCGGAUUCAGGAAACUGGACACCACACAUUUUUCAAGGGGAAAGUGAGUCAGAAUCUUAAUGACAUAGGGUGAAAAAAACAUUUCAUUUGAAUCGAUAACGAUUAAAUUUCUUCUUUCUCAGGAAUGAUACAAAUACUCUGGUUUUACCUGAUCUUGGUAAGCUGAGGCAAGUUAGAAUUCUUCACGAUAACUCAGGAUCAACUCCCAGCUGGUUUUUACAGAAGGUGCGAGAACCAUUACGUUGUUUUAACAUCUCUUUAAUUGCGUUGUCCCUGAAUUUAAUUCAGUCUUGCUAAUUCUAAUCAAACAAACUAUGCAGUGACAAUAGCAAUGAGAAAAAGUGUGGUCUUAACACUGGCAAUCAUCGAAAGAAAUAGUCGCUAGUCUCCUUUAAUCACCACGGCCGUGCGGUAUUUAUACUAGUUUCAUGUAACGACGAGGAAAGGAUCACAAUUUUCCAUCAGUUCCACGGCAUAAUGAUCCACUCGGCAUAUAGUAAAAACACGAUAAAAGUUUGGAAAUCUGCUAUCAAAGAAGUGCAAGGUGAAUCGCGAAAGAUAUUCGUUUUUAUGAAGUUCUCCCCAAUAACUAUUUAUUAGGGUUAAUUAUCAUUGGUCCAUAGAAUUUAGCUUCAUUUACUCUAAGGAUUUUAAAAAACGAGGUUUAUAAAUUUACUUCGGUGCGCUUUUCGAUUGUUUUGGGCAUAAAAAAAACCCAAAAUAGAUCGAUCAGAAGUAAAGUAAUAUCUUCAGGUGAGAGAAUACACGCGUGACUUAUUCUAGAUUGGUUUAAGUUUUGCAUUUGUUUUAUCAAAAGAGUGACUCAAAUUAAGUACACCAGUAACAAAAAAUAGUGAAGCAAAAUCAGUGCAAUCCAUGCAUUACUCUUUUAACCCAGAAUUUAAAAUUGCUUUUCGUUGUUUAUUCAACUCCUGAGUUUUUUUUUUCUGUUUUCGUAGGUGACAGUCAAAGACGAGAACGGUCGUGUAUACGAGUUUCCUUGCAAGGAAUGGCUGAGUGAAACACAGGGAGGCGGCAAAACAGAACGUCUUUUGAGACUACAGCACUCAUAGUGCCUAUUGCGCAUGCUUCAAAGGUAACGACAGGUCACGUGUUUCAACGUGACCUUCACUAGUGCUAAGACGUUGCAUAAUUAUGCAAUUCAAUAGUUUGAGGAACUUACCUUUGUUAUAACAGGUUAGGUAAAUUGCAGUAUGGAUAACUUCGCUGAAUUCCAAGACACGUAACUUCACGAGUUAAACGUUUCAGGACUUCGAUGAAAUGUUCGACAACUUUUUCAAGACCGUUAAACGACCAGUUUACUGACAACUCGAACCAAAUUACUGAAUGGAACCUUGAAAACGAAAAAUUCCGAAAAAAUUCUUUCGAAACUUGAAUUGUAUUUAAAUAAGUUUGUUGUUUGUUUGAAAUGUACUAUCUUUUUUAGUAAAAAAAAGUCGAAUGCCAAGUGGUUAAAAAACAUAAAAAAAGGUCCACUAUUUGUCUGGCCACAUUUCACAGACCCUCCCUUUUGAUUUAUUGCAAGACUUCAAAGACACUCCUUAAUUUCUAAGAAAAUUCGUGAUGGUAUUUCGAUAUACUUAGACACGUUUUACUUAAUGUAACAUUUUGGAAUUAAAAUUUUCAUUCUUGUACUGUUUUCCUCCUUUAGACUUUAUGAAAUUACUAUUCGGUAGACUUAAGAUGAUUGAGCUAAAUGUCCUCAUUACUUAGCUAAUUUUGUACAAAAAAUGGAUGGAAUACGAAACAAUUUCUAACGUGAGAAGUAGGAUUUUAGCUGAGAUAAAAGUUAUCGAACUCAUAUAACUGGUAUUUAAAGAGCACAGUUCCCGUGUUGACGCACGAGUUUGAUGUUGAUUUUAAAGAAUUUUUUGUAAUAAAAAUUGACAGUCUUAUGUGCUAAGUAAACAAGGCCGAUAGAAAAAAGCCUGUGUUGUUUGGUUUUCUUUAAUUAGAGUAAUAUCAGUUGACUCUAGAUAGACCGAAACAGUUGAUUCUGUAUGUUUUUUUUACGCUUGAGUCAUUUUAAGUUCGAACUUCGAGCAAUGGGAACCCAUCUUGAUUUCUCUUUAAAGUUCGUGUUAUAAUGGGUCAAGAGUACUAAACAAUGUUUGUGGUUACAGUCGACAAAUUUUAAAAGCACAAAGAAUCAAAUUGUAUUCAUUCCUUAACUUACAGCGUAGCUACGAACGACAGUCCAAUGCAGGCCCAUUUUAUUCCUUAAAUGUUCUUUAUUUCAUUUUGACUCACAGAUGGAAAAUGUGCACUGUUACAUCAUAAUAACUGACUUACAGAUGGGUGCACUGUAACAGAAUGGAACUGACUGGCAGAUGGGUGUACUGUGACACGAUGCAACUGACAAAGAUACUGACUACUGACAGACAGAACUGUACUUGAGAAGAGUCACGUGUCUCUGUGAUUGACGACUUUACGAAAAUGUCAGGCACUCCUCAACCAUUGAGAUUGGGCAUUUAACAGUGCAUGUAUGAUUCAGUCAUGCUUGGCAAAGUAAUUGGCACAUUAUUUGAAAUAUCGUACCUCGAUCUUUCUUAGAUCUGUUUUAUUCUUAGUGUUCCUGUUAAGAAAUAUAUAUUUUAUCGCAACUUAAACUAUUAAAUUUACCUGUACGACCUAGCCUCUGGGAAGACGUAUAAAAUUUACCAACCCGAUUCGAUCUCUCGGACCAACAUCACAUCGGAUCAGCAACAUCUUUUUCUUUGUAAUCAUAGGAUGGUCUCAUUGGGGUUAACUGCUAGCCGUAAAACGGCUAAACAAUUUAGCCGUUAGGUGUAAAAAUUGGCAAAUUUUAACAGUUAGUCGUACAAAAAGUUAAACGUAAAUAAAAGUUCUGGUGACAAAAUGGAAAGAUGUUAAUCUUUAGCUGAAAAUUUGCCAAAAUUUUAACCAUCGGCCGUAAAAGCCAUCACCCCACUGAGAUCCCCUUAUAGAUCUAAAAAGGGAAAGUCAAACGUAAAGGUGUCAUUUUGCAGACAAAUUUGACCAUUGGGAUGAACAAAGUCAAAGGAUUUCUGGCAAACAGACAUUUUUCCUUCUUUUAUACAUGAAUAUUACUUUCUAAUACAUACCAAUAGUUGAGGUUUUAUUGGUUUUUAACGAGUCUAUUGACAUUCUCUUACGUUUUGUUUGAGCUUUGUGUAGAAGAGGACUUAUUUCCAAAUUGGUUCAAAAACAAAGUCCUUUUGGGGUUUAGACUUUGAUGAAUUUGCUUUUCACCCUAUAUCUAAGACCUGAAAAAGCCAAAAAAAAAAAAGCGACAUACCAUUGAGGAGUGCCUGUCAUAACCUAUGUAGUCUUGAUUAAACCGAGGAGAUAAUGAAGCCAGCAACGGGGAAAACCAAUCCCGCAUAUAGGUUGGUGUCAUGCUAUUCUUCAUCAAAAGGUUAUGGCGAUUUGACCUCCAUGGUAAAAACUUUCGCCCUGACGACAUUCAAUUCAAUUUAUCAGUUAUUUUACACCCUUGGAAGAGACUUCCAUAGUUUCACUUUAACUUCCUGAGUGGAGGAAAAUAAAAAAAGGCAAUAUUUGUUCCAAAUGUGUAACAAGGCUUCAGCUAGUUGCUGUAAUUUUUGGCUUUGAUCGCUUACUCCUAAUGCAUUGCGAAAGCUAUGGAGCCUGUUAAUGCCUGCAUCUUGGACAAAGUGGGCUUGGAAAUCAAGCAGUUAAAGAAUGAUUUAGUGGCUCGUUGACAUCAUUUCUAUGAAUGCCAAUGCACAGAAGAUCUCGGUGAUUGGUUAUCUUACAAGGAAGGUAAUGGCAUUGUACCACAGUGGUAUGUUCUACAAUGAAAAUGUAAAUAAUGUACAAUAAAAGGAUG